AUGGGACCACUCACCAUCUUGGCUCUCAGGCUAGAAGAGGAACAGGAUGUCAGUACGAAGCAGGAGGCCUCCAUGUUCAUGGCUGAGGUGAGUGUGGGUUGCUGCUGGCGGGACUCGAUCUGGGUCCAGAAUGCUGCACACAGGGAGUCAAAGGCCGUCUGGACCUUUAUUUCCCAGUGGAGCAGGUGCUUGGUCGGUCAUCUUAGAUUCGCCACUAGCCUCUUGUCUGUAAAAUGAGUAUAAGCUGCUAUGCCUUGAAGGUGAAGUAGCGUUCCCUGAUGGGAAACCGAGAUAUCCCCCACCAGUCCAAAUGGGUGGGUGGGGGGAGAAACCGAUCUGCUCAGCCGGCCAGGAUGCCAGGAGAGCAGCCGUCUCUCGUCCGUCUGUAGACCGCAAAGUCGGGAGAUCCAGUGAGUAGCUUCACGAGUUUAACGUUGGUGGGUUCGUCAGGAUGCCCCGAUCAUGCAAAUGGUUUUUAUGCGGUCUGAUCUGUAAAUUGGUGGCUGUUUAACACUUGAAAUCAGUGCUUGGAGCAAGAGCUCGCAAAGCAUGAGUCUGCUCUGCUCGGAUGUCAGGCACCACCCCCUCCGGAAUAUAUUUAUAAAUUCCAAAGGCACUUUAAAUCUUCUAUAUAUUUUUUUUUGUUUUGCAGCAAAUAACACUUUUAAACAAGUAUACAAACCAAAAUAAAGCAAGCAAACUUUAAUAAGUAUGUAAUAAACCUCUGUAAACUUACUAAGAUUGCAUUAUUGGGCACACCUUUCAGCUAGGGCAGUUUCUUCAGCAUUCCCCCCCCCUCUCCCCCCCAAUCUCUGUCUCAGACCAGUCCACUAAUCACAAAAACAUGGCGGCAUUGUGCAAGAAGCUCCACAUUCUCGCCUCUUUGAUUAAAACAUACAGAAACCUGACAUCGGAAUCUGCUCUGUAUGAUCACGUGAUCAGACUCCCUGUCUUCUUCCCCUGUCAGUAUGUGCUGGGUGUAAAAUGUAAGGCAUACCCAAUGCACUUUCCCUGCAUUCCUAGGGAUGGGACACUGAUUGGUCAGAUUAGUGUCCCCCCUGGAGUUGACGUGGAAAGUAUAAGAAAGAAGAAAACUGUAAAUAUACCAUUUUACCUGCUUGGUGGUGAGCUUGCAGAGAUAUAGCCUGAUCUUCCCAGAAUCGACAGAUGCAGAAGCAACUUAGAAAUAUGCUUGGCAUCACUACACGAUAUUAGGCAUCUGACUUGGAGUUUGCUGUAUGUGGCAAAAUAAAUGGCUAAACAUUCAGGUUAAUGUGCUCAUGGGAUGCACAAAUGGUACAGUGCAAUUUAAAGGGACACUAUAGGCACCCAGACCACUUCAGCUCAUUGAAGUGGUCUGGGGGUAAUGCCCAGAUCCUUAAUUCCUGCAAUUGUAAUUAUUGCAGUUUUCGAUGAAUAAUGAAUAAUUACCUUGCAGGGUUAACUUCACCUGUGGUGGCGGUCUACCAGAUGGCCGCUAGAGGGACUUCGGGUGGUUAGGAGACUGGUGGCCUAAAUAAUGCUGGAUGUACUCACGCUAUGCUUGAGGACAUCCAGCGUCACCCAAAAUCCCAUGGGAAAGCAUUUUAGAAUGAUACAAUGCUUUCCUAUGGGGGAAGCCCUAAUGCGAGUGCCGUGGACAUCGAUGCUGAAAUCAGAUAAGUUAUUGAGGGGUUUUAACCCCUUCACCACCACAUGGUAGGGGGACACUACAGUGUUGUUUUUCUAGCACUAUCGUUUCCCUUUAAAGAGUGUUAUCGUCUAGAGCAGUUAUUGUCCCAUAACUAUACCAAACACAAAAAACAGGUUGUGCUGAAUUCUGUGUGUAUUAAAUACAAUAAAGCAAUUAUUUUGGCUUGGAAUCGUCCAGGCUUCAGUUGGUGAUGCGUAUAUUUAAUCUGAAAAUAACCAUUAAUAGUGCAGAUAGUCAAAUAUUUACAACAAGGAUACAUGGGAUCACGCUCACAUUUAUUAGAGCUAUAGACCAGUUAGGAGUAAAACCGCGUACAGCAGUAUUAUUCCCACUGCUGGAUAUGUAGCUCUUAAGGGGUAAGUCUCAUAGCAUCCAGAUGAAUAGAAAGGAAACCAUAGUGUGUACUGAGUAAAACCUAAAAGGGGUAAAGAUAUAAAUUGUAAUUACUCACAUAUAGUAGAGCAGUAACACAACUGAAGAGAAAGUGCUUGGGUGGUAUGAUCCCCACCAAAGAUAUGUUGAUUAGAGUCUCCUGAAGGCAGUCCUUGCCAGGGAUUAGAUGUAGAGUAGAUAAGAUACUUCAUGAGUUUUAAAUGUGUCAGGAACAAUAAAAAGUAUAAUGGUCUUGCCCCAUAACUGCCCAAGAUUUUCUGGUAGCCAGCUGAAGGCCAACAGUGAAAACAAAUGGUAGAAAGAUACAUUCACAGGUUGUGGUCCCACAGUGCAUCUUGGGUAAUGCACUGCAAGAUUGCAUGGGUAUACCAUAGAUUAAUGUGUGUAUUCUGGACCAUAUUCUUCUUUAAAAACCAUCCCAUUAUAGUCAUUUAAAUAUUUUGUGUCUGUCUGGUUUUCUAGAAACAUCUGUGUCUGCCUUUAGAAAUUUCUUCUAGGAAGUUCCUUUUACCUUUCCGUUUGUCUGCUCUAUGUUGCUUAUCGUUUCCAUUGUUCUCUUGCUUGGGAUUACUUUAUAAUUAUUUUAUUAAUGAUUAUGGUAUGAUGAUGAGUUGCUACAUUGUAGCCGAUUAUUAAUCAUGUGUAGGAGGUGCUGUGUGUCUCUCGUAACAUACUUGCUAUUCAUCUCUGAGAGAGCGCUCCUGUGAACUCCUCACCCUCCAUAGUAGGGGGGUAGUUUAGUAAUUCAGUGUUGAGCAGACCCCUGUGUCAUGCAGGCAGUUGUCGGAUCUUGUCAUAUGCAUUUUCCUAUAUGUAUUUUUCUAGUUGGAUGUUUCAGUGUAGCUGCCAUAGAAUUAAAAGUUUUUGUUUUCUCUCCCCUAAUUAUAGCUGUUUGAUAACAUGUUUAGCGUUCCCAAGUGUUGCCAGACAAAGGUUAAACUUUUUAAUUUCUGUCUUUGGCACAUAAAGCAAUAAUUUAACUUUUGCCAACUCGCUUAACACCGUAAGAAUCAAUGUUUCCUUCGUUACAAUCUGAUCCCUAAACAACCUUUGUAAGCUCAGAGAAAGCUUCCAUGGGAAUGGUGAAUUCGGAAUGUUUGACCUUUUAUUGUCCUUGAUCUGACCAAAUUAUGGGCAGAAAACUCAGUAUCCAGUAUCUUAGUGGUUCAGGAGUAAAUGCCACAGUACUGAUACAUGAUCCGCUUGGUUUUAUCUAUGCUGGGUAGAACACGGAGCAGCAACAUUUGUUGUCUUUAGAUUGAGAAUGGUGUUUCUGGUGUGUGUGUGGUUAAGGAGCUUCUACACCAUCUAUAAUGAUCAAUAUAUAUAUAUUUUGUGCCCUGGUCAUAUUUUGGCUGUAAGAUGAGUUAUUUAGUAUAUGAAUCAAAACCGAGUGAUUCCGGACAUUAUUUAUUACUCUCCAGUCUUUGUAAAUGAUAAACAUUGCUUAUGCGGUUGCCAUGUUCAUUUUCUCUAGGUAAAUGUGUAUAUAUUGCUUUAUUUCAGGUUAAAGAAAGUAAAGGAAAGGAGAAGUUGGAGCGUCGGCUGUUAGAAGAGCUGUUCAAAAUGUUCAUGGACUCCGACUCUUUCUACUACAGCUCGACCUACGACCUCACCAACUCGGUCCAGAGGCAGAGUAUGGGGGACAAGGGGAAGAUACCACUGUGGCAGAGGGUAAGUGUUCAGGUGUGAUGGAAUAUGAUGUGUUAUGUAGUGCGGCGUGUGACAAGCACAUUGCGACAGAGAAUCAAAAAAGAUGAAUGUUGGCAUCCAAAUUCUUUCCACUCUCUGAAUGUUUUUUUUGUCAAAGGUCUUUGUUUUAGGUUUUUUUUUGAGGUUUGUUCUAAACGUUACAAAGUCUUUUAGUUAAGGCUAUUUCAGGUUUCAAAGUCCAUAGAGGGACACUGUGUGUUCUUUUUACUUGCCACACUAUAACACAUUUACUGCAAUAACUAGAGGAACAAAAAGCGAUUAAAGUGGCGCUGCCCUCAAACUGUCUAUACAUGGUUAUAGACCUUAAGCUGUUAAUAAUUCAGCCUGUUGGGUAGAAAACCCUUAUUUUCGGGUAAGUUAAUCUACAACAGCGGGUACAGAUGACUAGAGAACCCUAUUUUUUCUCAUAUUGUUGAAAAUGGUUAGGCACGAAUUGGACAGGCAGUGCCCAAAGACUCAUUACAUCACUACAAUGAGCUGUAAUUCUACCAUUAUAUGUAGUUAUGUUGUUUAAAGUUCCCAUUAAAAUUCCCACUUCUGUAAGCCAAUCAGAGGCCAGCCAUUUGAGACUAUGGCAGAGUUCAGGUUACAGCAAGGGCUUCAAACAAUGGACUGCAUUUCUUAAUUUCUCUGCCAGCCAUAGGCCAUAGCCUGUCAUUGAAUUCUGGGAUAGAUAUCCAGCAAUAUCUGAAGGGCCAAAUGUGGUCAGCGCUAUUCUAGAGAAUGAAAAAUAAGAAAAGCGUCUGCGUUAAUAAAAUUUAAACAAGGUAGGCAUCGGCCCAACAGAAGGUAACCCUCAAACCCUCUGAGGAGAACAUGGAACACAAAGAAAUACAGGAAAAGGGCUGCGCCAAUAGUGAAAAGGUACAAUCGUUCGUCUGAAUAGGUAGGGCAAUAUAACGUAGUUGGUCUUACUGAUAUGAUGGGACUAAAGUUCUGAUGGAGUAACUGAAGGUAAAGUUCGAUAAUAUUGAGGUCUCACUUCGAAGUAAGUAUCUUUAUAAGGUGCCUGUUUUGGGGUGUAGAGUCCUCAACGUCCCCAGUGGUCCAACCAUCCCGCUUAUAUGCAAGAAAAAAACGAGGAGACCCAAUGGUGCAGUAUAUAAAAACCAACAUGGGUAAAAUAAACAAAUAUGUGCAAUCAACUCACAUUAAGUCCGAUAAUAUUGGUUAGAGCACUAACCCAUUUGAUAAAGCCCUAGUGGUGAAACGCGUUAUGGUUAUUUUGAUUGUGUAUUUUUUAAUAUAAAAGGCUUUUUGGUUACAAUUUUGUGCCAAUCAUCUUUUUAAUACACGUUUUUUAUUUGGAAUUUUUAACCUGGCUUCCUUUUACCUUCAUGUGACUCCAAGUAUAUCCGAGGUGGGGAUCAUACCACCAAUGCUGACGUCACAGUGCAGUUUGCCUGCACUUCACUUGUGAGUACAUUUUUUAUUUAUGUUUACUGCAUAUUUCCCUCUGGAGGACUCCUAUCACAUCCUUUAAAGCGGGGAUUAUACCGCUGUACGCCCUUCACACCAAAGCUGGCUAUAGCUCUUUUAAAUGUGAGUUGAUUGCACAUAUUGGGUCUCCUCGUUUUUUUUCUUGCAUAUAAGCGGGAUGGUUGGACCACUGGGGACGUUGAGGACUCUACACCCAAAAACAGGCACCUUAUAAAGAUACUUACUUCGAAGUGAGACCUCAAUAUUAUCAGACUUUACCUUCAGUUACUCCAUCAGAACUUUAGUCCCAUCAUAUCAGUGAGACCAACUACGUUAUAUUGUCCUACCUAUUCAGACGAACGAUUGUACCUUUUAACUACUGGCGCAGCCCUUUUCCUGUAUUUCUUUGUGUUAGCUAUUCUAGUGAAUGUCUGUUCUGAUAGGGCUGGAUUACCUACCAUCAAUUACUUCCAGAUACCUGGUGUCAAGCUGCUAUAUUGCGUGCAUCACUCUGUGAGAACGAUCAUGUUGUGCUAUAGUGAUAAUGGAUUUAUCCUGUGUUUUGUCCUACUCAGAGCUACAUUGUUGCCAGGUUCUUAGGACAUUUAAUUUUGAUGUUGGAAUACCUCACUAAAGUCUUGACUUAAUUAGUGUCAAAUGAUUUAUCUACAAAAAUUGCCAUAUACUUUAAAGGUGACUUCUAUGCAUUAAUCAUUUGGAAAGAUGACCUUUUGGAUUGUGAUUAUUUGAAAAUCUUAUUCAAAAAUAUUAAAUUAGGGUCUCUGUGUUUGUGUCCCCCUCCCCCACAGGUGGACGACCGAUUCUUUUGGAACAAGCACAUGAUGGAGGAUCUCAUUAAACUUGAGGUGAGCUUAGUGUCUGUCGGGGCAUCAUUAAUGUUGGGUAUUAUUUAAAAUGUCCGAAAUAAUAAUUCUGUGAGAAGAAUAGUUUACCGCUCUGUGAUGAAACUACAUCCCUGGUGCAUCAUUCAUUCGUGUGUUUUCCCCUUGGUAUUAUUAUGUUUCCCCUAGCUUUUCACGUAUUAUGCCCUGUUCCCCGUUUGGGAGCGUUCAUACGAACGGAACCCUUUCGUCUCCCGAACAUGUGUGGGUUCUGGAGGGUGGUGGGGACACUUUUGGGGCACUGGCCAGUUUGGCGGUCUUUCUGUGCCUGGGGGCCAAAGACUAGGUCCCUUUUCCCGCACCAGGGCUCCCAGGCACGGAGGUUCCUGGGAUAAAGACCCCUGUCGCUGGGUGUGGGAGACCCCAUUUGUAUGUGGGGUGGGCUUUCUGUACCUGGGAGACAAAUAGACUAAGUCCCCUUUCCUGUGUGCGUGCUCACAGUUACACAGGAUCCUGGUAGAAACCCCUGGUUGGUUGGGUGGAAGACCCCUUUCACAGGGUUAUGCAUAAAAGCUGUGUGUGGUAUAAUAGUGUUGUUGUACCCUUCAUCUAGUCUCGACUGAUGUUUGAGGUAAGGAUCGACCGUUAUUGAUAUUUUUACAGCCGAUACCGAUAACCUGUGAACUUUCAUGCCGAUAACUUACCGAUAUUCUGUACAUUUACCAUUUUGAAAAAAUAAACUAUUUCUAAAGGUAAAUGCACAAAAUAUACACGUCACAUGUAGUGGAUGCAAUGUGUUUAGACAGGGGAGCUGUGUGUGUUUGUGUAUCGUGUGUUUUAGUGAAUGCAGUGAGUGUGUAGUGUGUUUGUGUAGUGAAUGCAGAGUGUGUGUGUGUGUGUGUGUGUAUAGUGAAUGCAGAGUGUGUGUGUGUGUGUGUGUGUUUGUAUAGUGAAUACAGAGUGUGUGUGUGUGUUUGUAUAGUGAAUGCAGUGUGUGUGUGUGUGUUUGUAUAGUGAAUGCAGAGUGUGUGUGUGUGUUUGUAUAGUGAAUGCAGUGUGUGUGUGUGGGUAUAGUGAAUGCAGAGUGUGUGUGUGGGUAUAGUGAAUGCAGAGUGUGUGUGUGGGUAUAGUGAAUGCAGAGUGUGUGUGUGUAUUUCUGUAGGUAUGUAAUUUGUGUUUAAAUUGGGGGGGUGGGGGCAUUUUUUAAAAAAAAACAACUUUUUUUUUUGUUAUUUUUAAAAAAUAUUUACAUUUGUUUGGUUGUUUUUUUUUUGUUUUUUUUAGUCCCCCCUCCCUGGUUCUUACUUGGCCAGGAAGGGGGGAUAUGGCAUUCCCUGGUGGCAUGGACUGUGCAGUGGGGACAGCAGCAAGCUCUUUCCUUCCCAGCAUGGUAACCCGUGGCAAUGCUCUGACGGCCGCGGGACUCGCGACAUUUACACAGGGGAGCUGCUGGGAAGGUAAGUAAGCGCUAUCUGCGGGCCCUCCCAGGACCGCCGGGUUUGUAAUGGGCCCAGCGGUCCUGGUAUGUAUUAUCGGCAAUAUCGGUAUCUCUAUCAGAUACUGAUAUUGCCGAAAAAAACCUAAUAUCGGCCAGGCUGAUCAUAUCGGCCAGACCGAUAAUCGGUCGAUCCCUAGUUUGAGGAUGUGUUUGCUGAAACAGCGGGAUUUACUUGUAUGCUGCACUUGGGUUCUUGUGAAAUGUACGGCUCAACGCCCGAACUGCGAGCUAUAAUUACUAAGUACCUAACAGUUCGGGAGGAACCACACGAACGGGCAUAUGAAAUACCAGCGUUCGUUACACACUCCAUAUAUACAACGCUGUAAAAUUUCACAACUUAAUUAUGUUGAAUCUCUUUUUUUUUUUUUUGUGUAAAAAGCCUUAACGAUCAGCACUAGACAGAUUUAAUGUGCAGUGGAAAGUCAUGAUAUCAAAUUAUAACAUUUUAUACCAAAAUGUACUUCCCAUUUUCUGCUGUAAAGUGGUAUACAUAGCAUCUCUGAAUGCUUUGUGUAUUCAAUGCUCCCAGAAUGCAAAAUACAAAUAUCCACAUGUAGUAGACAUUUUAAAAACUCUGCAUCAUGUAAAUUCUGAAAAUCCAUUUACUCAAGUCAGUGGAAUGUUACUUAUGCUUUAUCUCCACGAACUUAAGGAUCACUAUAGGGUCAGGAACACAAACAUGUAUUCCUGACCCUAUAGUGUUAACACCACGAUCUUGCCUCUCAUGCCUCUAUAAAUAUAGCAAAAUCUUACUGUAUUCAACUCUGAAGCUGUAACUUUGCAUGCUGUUAGACUCAGAAAAACAAGCAGUGUGCUGACAUCAUCAGAAGUGGUGGCCUGAUCCAAUCACAGUGCUUCCCCAUAGGAUUGGCUGAGACUGACAAAGAGGCAGAUCAGGGGCAGAGCCAGCAUGAUUCAAACACGGCCCUGGCCAAUCAGCAGCCCCUCAUAGACAUUGAAUCAAUGAAUCUCUAUGAGGAAAGUUCAGUGUCUGCAUGCAGAGGGAGGAGAUACUGAAUGUUUGGAUGCAUUUUAGGCAGCCAUGAUCCAGGAAGGAUCUCUAACAGCCAUCUGAGGAGUGGCCAGUGAAGUUAUCACUAGGCUGUAAUUUAAACACUGCAUUUUCUCUGAAAAGACAGUGUUUACAGCAAAAAGCCUGAAGGUAAUGAUUCUACUCAUGAGAACAAAUUCAAUAAGCUGUAGUUGUACUGGUGACUAUAGUGUCCCUUUAAAUUGUGAUGCAAAUGUUAAUAGUGAGACAAAGACUUGUACAAAAAGUCCAUUAUUAGCUCUUAAUUUUUGAAGAAUUUGACAGAAGAGGUGCACGUGUCUAAUGCAUCCCCCAGAUUGUUACAGUUCCUUCCUGCUCAGAACCUUGAUUUUCCUUCAUGACUCAUUUCUGCAGGAUCCGCUCCGGAGUUUCUGGAUCCUGCCGAUCAUUCAGGGGUUUGUGCAGAUUGAAGAACUGGUGGUGAAUUAUAAUGAGUCCUCCGAUGAUGAGAAGAGCAGUCCAGAGACGCCCCUUCAGGAACCAACAUGUGUUGAUGAUGUUCACCCUCGGUUCUUGGUGGCUCUUAUAUCGCGAAGGAGUAGGCAUCGAGCUGGUAGGUCUGCAGCAAUAACCAACAGCUGUCACUUAAAAGGACACUUUAAGCAUAAGAAACAACAACUUUAGCUUAAUGAAGCAGUUUAGGUGUAUAGCUCAUACCUUGCAGUUUCACUGCUCAAAACUCUGCCAUUUUCUCUGCUCAUCCUAACACACUUACUGCUCUGCACCCGCAGCCCCUCCCGCAGCAAUGUGAAGUGUUAAAUAGCCCUUUAUUUACUUACCCGAAUCCCGUGGCGAUGUCCCUCGGUGCUGGGUCGCACACCACCUCCUACUGAUGAGGGGGACCUAAUACGUACACGCGGCGAGCUUAGGGAGCGCAUUAGGUCUCAAUGCUUUCUUAUGGGGGGUUUUCCUUGACACUGGAUGAACAGAGUUAAUGUUCAUAUUUGUUUGUUUCUUUUUUUGGGGUUUUUCACACAGAAACUUCCCUUUCACUGCUAUCAUUGUUAUUCUACGUUUCACUGCACUAAAAAACUCAUAUUUGUGUUCAGUGAAGUCUUACAAGUACAACUGUACCCCUUAUGGACAGGUUUUAUGGGGUUUUGUGGAGUUACAGAGUCAAAUAUAGAGCUUGCAUAUUAACUAAUCUGGACUUUCUCAGGUAGGUCCCUAUAUAAUCAAUAGAAUCUUAAGAUACACUUAGAAUUAAAUGAUAAAUAUAUUCGAAGUGUAUAUUUAUAUAUUAUUUUUACACAAUUAAGUGGUUUUAUUAUUUAUAUGUUGGGGGAUCUGCCAAACUGUCAGUUACACCAUUCUGAGUUGUGAUCGCGAUCACAUGACUCAAAUCGGCAGAAUUGGGAGCAGUGGGACUGCCUGGGUUGUCAGGCACUAUCCCGAAUAUUUUAAGCAUUUAGUCUGGAGGGAGGGCCCGAGUGUUGGGGCAUGCCAUGCCGCCCUAAUGGUGCUAAAGCCCAUCUUUUGUAGGAGGGCAUAGUACGUCCUAACGCUAAAAGGUUCUAGAGCCUGCAGGAGCCUAGUUUGUGUGAUUAAAGCUGAAUUCAGAGAGUAGGAGAUAAAAACUUCUGAAGUGAAAACUCUUUGCUGAUUGAAAAUGAAACUAUAUAUAUAUAUUUAAUUUAUUUUUUAAAUUUUUUAUUAUGUAUGUUUAUUAUGUAUGUUGUGUGAGCAGAAACAAAAGUGAUUUCACUUCUAAAUGGAGAUAUAUAUAAAUAAGGGAUUUAAAGGAACACUAUAGGGUCAGGAACACAACCAUGUAUUCCUGACCCUACAGUGCUUAACCCACCAUUUAGGUGGCUUGCUCCCUUAAAAGCAAUUCAAACUCACCUUAUUUCUAGCGCCGCGCAGGCUCUGCCUCCUUUGUGACUUCAUCAGAAUUGCUGAUUUUUAGCCAACCCACUGCUUUCCAAUGGGGAAAGCAUUGGAUUGGCUAUCUGCAAUGGGGUGGGGUCAAAUACCGUUUUGGCCAAUCCACACUUCCUCAUAGAGAUGCAUGGAAUCAGUGCAUCUCUAUGAGGAAAAAUCAGCAUCCCCAUGCAGAGCGUGGAGACACUCAACAGCAGUGCUGCCUACUGUGUAGCCAGGGUUGCCACCUGCCGGUAUUUGAUGCACUGUGGCUGGUGCCGGUAUUGCAAAAAUUUCGGCACCGGCCACCAGGGUGAGCAGUGCUCUGAGGCCGUACUAAGUACUCUGUGCUUGGCUGUGUGGAGAGUUCUGAGAUGGGAUGUCGCAGCUUGUCCCUGCCCUUUCCACUGAUUCCGCAUGGGAGAAGCAGGAGGAGGAGGUGGAAGCAUGACAGUAGGAGUUGUGUGUGUGUAUAUGCAGCAAUCUGUGUGUGUUCGCUCAGCAAUCUGUGUGUAUUCAGCAGUGUGUGUGUUCAGCGGUCUGUGUGUGUGUGUGCAGCAUUGUCUGUAUGUGUUCAGCGGUCUGUGUGUGUGUGUGUGUGCAGCAUUCUCUGUAGGUAUUCAGCAGUCUGUGGGUGUGUACUUGGCAAUCUGUGUGUAUGUACUCAGACUGCUGAGUACAUACACACGUACUCAGUCAGGGUGUGUGUGUAUGUAUGUGUGUAUGUAUGUGUAUAUAUAUAUAUAUAUAUAUAUAUAUAGUGGAAAAUGUAUUCAUACUUACCUUAAUUUUCUUUUCCUGGCUAUUAUUCAUGGCAGCAUAUACACAUGGGUUAGCUCCUCCCCUACAGCCGAUAGGACAGGAAAACCACCAAGGUUUUAAAAGGAGGCUCCAUCCCUAAGGUCCUCAGUUUACAAGCUCUACAGUACAUAAAUAGAGACAUUAAUGGGUGGGAAGUAUAUGCUGCCAUGAAUAAUAGCCAGGAAAAGAAAAUUACGGUAAGUAUGAAUAAAUUUUCCACUUUCCUGGCUAAUCAUGGCAGCAUAUACACAUCGGGAAUACCCAAGCUUACAAAGGGAGGGACAGAAUAGCCAAUGAAAUUAUCAGAAUAAUUCAACGUAGAUAGAAGAAUUAACUGAGUUAAGUGCUUGAGUACCAAAUUGUGCAUCAUAGACUGUUUUAACGAACAGUAUGACAUGCCAGACAAACGUGUCUAAAGAGGUUCAAAUGCUAGCUUACAAAAAGUGUCAGCAGAAACCAUUGCCAUGGCAACCCAUGAUGCUGCAACAGCAUGAGAGGAGAGUGCCCUGAUACCCUCCAGCACAGGUAGAGAACGGACGUGACGUCCAAAUUGUGCCUCAUUAAUUGCUUCAAUGUUCAAUAUGUAAUGCAGGACAAACUAGUUCAAAGAGGUCCAAAUGCCAACUUUACAAAGUUUCAGCAGAGACCAUUGCCAUGGAAGCCCACGUGAUGCUGUAACAGCACUAGUGGAGAAUGCCCCAAAUCCUUUGCUACAGGUAGAGAAUGGCAUUGAAAGGCUCUCACUUUAGGCACGAUCACUGGUGCUACAUGCAAGAUAACCAUAUCCUGUUGAAAUUCAGUGAAUGGGGGUACACAGGAUCAAGCCUGGAGUUCACCCAUUUCCCUUGCUGGGGUACCAGCCACCAGCACUUUCUGUGCUACCACCAUGGAAGCUCCUUUUAGAGGUUCGAAUAAUGGUUCAGUCAGGGCCCGUGACACCAGUGGUACGUCACAUAUUGGCUACACCACACUCAGUGGAGGCUUGAUUUCAAUCAAUACCUAUAUGAAGCAAAGUGCAGCUAAGUGCACACAUUCACCCUGCUGAGGUACCAGCAACAGCAACGUCUGGGCUAACAUCAUGGAAGCUCCUGCUAGAAGUUCAGUCAGAGUCUGUGAGACCAGUGGUACUUCACAUCUUGGUUUCAACACCCUCAGCGGAGGCUUGAGUUAAAUUGUUGCUUACAUGAAGCAAAGCAUCAGGGGCAUCAACGCUCAAUCGGUACCCUUCAGUACAGGUAGAGAAUGACAUAGAUAAGCAUUCACCAUAGGCAGGAUCUUCAGGUGCCAAAUGCAAGAUGACCAUAUCUGUUGAAAAGUAGUGAAAGGGGGUUCACAGGAUCAAGCCUGGAGUUCACCCAUUCUCCUUGCUGGGGUACCAGCCACCAGCACUUUCUGUGCUACCACCAUGGAAGCUCCUUCUAGAGGUUCGAAUAAUGGUUCAGUCAGGGCCCGUGUGACCAGUGGUACGUCACAUAUUGGCUUCACCACACUCAGUGGAGGCAUGAUUUCAAUCAAUGCCUAUAUGAAGCAAAGUGCAGCUAAGUGCUCCUCUAGAGUGUUAAAACACAGAACCUUUCAAGGCCUGAACGAGGAGUAAUUCCAACAGACAAAAGCAUGUCAAGCUUAGUAAAACCUGUAUAGGAUUGUAAGAGGAUCUCAAUGACCGUCUCAGGGAUGCCUAUACUAAUAUGGACUACCACAUCAACACCAGAAAUUGAGGAUCCUGGUGUGUCAUGGGGCCUUGUAAUAGUUCUGGACGUACAGGAAUUUCCCUUGGAGGUUCCAGAAUCAAUUAUUCAUCAUAGGAAUUAGAGUCGACACAGUCUUCCACUGUGACCUUUUGCAUUGCCUUUUUAAGAAGGUCGAAAACAGGAAAAUAUGUACAUCAGACUAAAAUUCGAAAUUUGAGCCAGUGUAUCCUGAUCCUGAGCAUUCUGGUCCUAGCAUGUAAAAAAUACUUCUGGACCUGUUAGUUCCAAGAAAUGGCCAUCAGAUUUAUGUAGGGUAUCAGACAAUCUGCGUCAACCACAAGGCUACGUCAGGACAUGGUUGCCAAUCCACCUUGUCCACAGUUAUUCGGCUCCAGCAAACAGCCAUGGCAUCCUGAGCCACUGGUUGUUCUUCUGUGCCCUGAUCAUUAUGGGCUGGAAUUCCAUCAAUACAUAUCUGUGAGACCCAUCUUGGUAGAUAUAGGUUACAGUUGCAUUGAUAUUUGAGCAAAUUUGGACCCACUCGUUCUUCAGCAAGCCUCUGAAGUGAAGAAGAGCCUUGAAAAUGACUCUUAAUUCCAUACACAUGAAUGGAAAUAUUGUGCAACAUGGUCCAAACACUGUGCAACUAAUCUUAUAAAAACUGGAAUUCGAGCUAAUAAUUGACCAAUGAGGUUCUGUUCACUGGAAACUCAGAGAUCUAAUCCCUCUUUCAGCUGCCAGGGUAAGGUGCAACUCCACUGAUUGGGACAUAGUAAGUGGCUGGCUCCAAUAAUCUUUCUCUUGUUAGACCAAGAUAGGAAGGAUCUGAAAGGAAUCCAGAGAUGACAAGUCUGCUGGUGGAAGCCAGGAUUCCUAGUAGUUGCAUCUAUUUUCUUGCGGUUACCAAGCAGAAAUGAAGAAACUGGGAGAGAAAACCUUUACAAUCUGUGGAACUGAUCCUGAGAUAGGGAAAAGCAGAGCCUAGAAUUUUCCACUCGGGAAUGUCAACCACUGAGCUGGUCUGAAACUGCUUUUCUUGAUAUUCAUCAGGCAGCCAAACUUUAGGAGUUAUGAAAGAACUAUAUACCUAUGUGUGCCUGCCUUCUGAGGGUCUAAGGCUAUCAGAAGUAGAUUCUCCAGAUAAUGGAACCAGGUGGAGUUCUGGACUCUCAAUAACACUAUAAGCACAAAGAAAGAUUCUUUGGGCCGCAUUGAGGCCAUAUGGUAGGGCACCAACAUGGAAGUUCUCUUCUGAGCUAAUGCCGAAGAUCUCUGCAGAUUGGACUGAAAGUAAGCAUCCUUGAGAUAUAUAGAGGUAAGAAAAUUAUCCUUCCAGAUUGCUUGAGAUAUGGAUCUGAUUGACUUCAUCCUGAAGACUCUAACAUUCAGCCUCUUGUUGGCCCCUCUUAGGUCCAGUGUAGGCUUUCAUGUGCUUUUCCUCUUAGCACCAGAAGAGAGGCGAACCUUGAUCCUGGAACUGCUCUUGUUCUGGGACCUAAAAAAAAAAAUCACCUCUUCGUCCAGAAGGCUUCUUCCUUCAGUGCUUUACCUUUUGAUUCAUUGGUCUUAAUACUCCUGUUGGUAUGGAGACUCCUGUGCCCGUUAAGAAAAAACUCCAGUCUAUAUCAAUCUGGACCAUGGAUAUAACUCAAGCCUCCAGAGUAUGACGAUCCCAGGUUUGUGUGAUCAGAAAAAUGAGGCUCCUAGUACUGGAGGAGAUAUGUUUAUUGCUGAAGAGCAAAACGACUGCGUUAUAGCUCCAUUAGAACCUUGAAAGGCAGGGCCAGUAGCUCCAUGUAUCUCAGAAAUACUGGUCACUGGAGGUUCUCCGGUCAGACUAUGAGGAGUUGGGAUCCUUGGAACUUCCAUCCUAAGGUACUAAUAUCUUGCAGCCCUCAUUCGCCUUUUCAAUGGAAUUAUCCAAAAUUUUCCCAAACAGCAACACCCCUUCAAAUAGAAUGGUGUAGAGGGCAGACUUGGAGGAUGAGUCAUCAUCCCAGAAACAGAACCAUAAUGCUUUCUUAGCUGCUAUAGAUAAAGCCAUUUGAUCCAGAGAAUAUCCUAGUUACAUCUAGGGAAGUUUCUGUGAAGAAGUCAGAUGUAACCUGAAGACUUCAGACUGCCUCUUCAAUCUUGGCUUUUAAUAUCUCUCUCCAUAGUAGCCUUUAGAUCUUUAAUCACAUAUUUCAUGUUUGUAGAAACAGCAGCGGAAGUCACAGCUGGCUGGCCUCCUGCAAUGGUAGGCGUAACAUUUUGGACAGGUCUGAUCCAUAAGUUUGCCACUUAGGUGGUGUAGUUCUGGGGUUGGAAAUAACGUCCUCCACAGGGUAAAGCCUGGCCUCUUUUCUUACCCCUAAGGCCUCUGGAACUUACUUUGUAAGCCCUGCCCGCAUGUCAUGUGGCUGCACAGUGAUAGGUCAUGCUGAAGCGACAACCUUCUGGAGGAAGUCAGUGCAUAACCGAUUCCUUCCACAGUUUUUUCCUCAUAACCAGAUCGUGGUGAAGAAUCAGACACCUGACAAAUAAUAAUAACUAAAUAUUACCUGUGGUAAAGUAUUAAGAAAAAAUGUGCACUGUUAAAUUCUAUAAGAAACCAGCGAAAUAGCUUUAAAACAGGCUAAAGACAGCACUUAUCCAUGUCUGGAGACCCUGCAAAUACUUACCCAAUUAGUGUAUGUUUACUGUAAUUUUCCCCUUUAUUUUAGGUACUUUCUGGCAAUUGCCCUUAUCCCAGAUGGCUGCCACAACUUGUAUUCCCACAAUGCAGGUUAUCUGUAUUAGGCCCAAUAAGGCACAAACUGCACACAUGUGGGCCUAUUCCGAGUGUGUUUGCUGUUUAGAGACCAGGGAGAGGACCCUGUCUGAAGCCUACAUGGCCCCUAAACACCCAGUGACCGGGAAUAAAUCACUGGGACCAAGGGGGAAGCAAAAUAGAGAACAAAAGUGCCUACAAGGAAGUAUAAAAGGCAACCAUGGGCAAAAAGUCAAAGUUUAAAGGCACCACAGUCUAAAGGCCUCAAGGUAUAAAAGGUAACACAGUUUCCAAAAUGUAUCACAGUAUUUAAAAUAUAUUAGUUUUCCAAAUGUACUGCGGUUUCCAAUGACUUGCGGUAUUACAUGCAACAGUAUUAAAUGCAAAUUUAAAUGAAACUGUUUUAAAUGCAACACAGCUUAAAUGCUUCCUAUCAAAAGCACAACCGCAUAAUGUACCACAAUCUUAAAAAUAAGGUACAGCUGUAUAAUGCACUAGUUUAAAGAUAUCAAAGCUUAAAUGCAUCACAGCAUAAAAGCACAACUGCAUAAUGAACUAUAGUAAAACAGCAAAUAAAGUAAUGAAGAUAAAACAACAUACAUGUCCGUAAGUAAAGGGAGCAAAUUGCUCACGUCCUAAGGGCUGUAGGACAGGAAAAAGACUGAGGACCUUAGGGAUGGAGCCUCCUUUUAAAAUCUUGGUGGUUUUCCUGUCCUAUCGGCUGUAGGGGAGGAGCUAACCCUUGUGUAUAUGCUGCCAUGAUUAGCCAGGAAAUAUAUAUAUCUAUAAAUAAAAUACAAAUAACCGCAAAUAUAUAUAAUUACAUAAAUAACUACAUAAGUGUACACGUAGACUUUAAAUACAUAUAUAUGUAUAUAUAUUAAAAUUCGACGUGUAUAUUUAAGUAAUAUUUUAAUAAUAAUGUGAUUUCAUUAAUUAAAAUUUGAUUGACAUGCCUGACAACCCAGGCAGAAAGUGCAGAGAAUUUGAAUUGCAAGCACUCUAUUUAACCCUGUAACUUUCCAAGACACCAUAAAACCUGUAUAUGGGGGGUACUGUUUUACUCGGGAGACGUCGCUGAACACAAACAUUAGUGUUUCAAAAUGGUAACUUGUAUUACAACAAUGAUAUUUUUAGUAAAAGUUAAGUUUUUUGCAUUUUUCACACACGAACGGCACUUUUACUGACAAUAUUAUUGUUGUAAUAUGUUUUACUGUUUUAAAACACUUAUUUUUGUGUUCAGCGAAGUCUCCCAAGUAUAAAAGUACCCCCUAUGUACAGUUUUUAUGGUGUUUUGGAAAGUGAAAGAGUCAAAUAUAAGGCUUGCAUUUCAUUUUUUUCACAUUGAAAUUUGCCAGAUUGGUUAUGUUGCCUUUGAGAGCGUAUGGUAGCCCAGGAAUGAGAAUUACCCCCAUGAUUGCAUACCAUUUGCAAAACUAGACAACCCAAGGUAUUGCAAGUGGGGUAUGUCCAGUCAUUUUUAGUAGCCACUUAGUCACAAACACUGGCCAAAUAUUUGUUUUUUGCUUUUUUUCACACAAAAACAAAUAUGAAUGCUAAAGAUGGGAAGAAAAAAAAGGAUUUAAGGGCUGCGCUAUUGUACAGAGAACAGUACCAUAAAAUAGAAACCAAUUGGUUGAAGUGUAUAAUCAGCAAGUAAUAAAACCUGGGUAUAAUAGUCUCUAUUGCAAUUAUAUAAAAAUAAUGAAUAAAACAGAGUCCAUCCAGAUGUUCAAUAAAAAUCAAAUGAUAAGAAAAAUGUUGAAUAAAAUCAAUAAAAACAGUCUCACUGAUAUAUGGAUAGGGUAUGUGUACAAUCCUCAGGAGUUGAUCCGUCCGGGUUGUAGAUAAUCCAUAUAUGUGGAGAUAAAAGAAAACACAAAAAACUGCCAAUGGUGAAAUAUUGUAGCUCAAAGGGUAAAAAUAAGUAAAAAGGAGGAUUGUGCACUCACAUUUGAUGGAGCUAGGGCCAGCUCUGGGGUGAAGCGCACUUAGUGGUAUAAUCCCCACUACAGGAUGCACUGGAAGGGUAGGUCCGUCCGUCCGGCUUGGGUUCCACCGUAUUCCACAAGGUAUAAGAAACAGCAAAUAGUGCUCUCAGUAGGAACAUUAAAAUAAAUAAAAUAGCAUAAAAUAUACUCACAAGAGUAGAGCAGAAAAUACUGCUCUAUUGCCACAAUGCUUUCCUAUGGAUGCUGGCGUGCUCUCACUGUGAAAAUCACAGUGAGAAGCACGCAAGCGCCUCUAGUGGCUGUCAAUGAGACAGCCACUAGAGGAAAUAGUGCUAUGUUUAUGCCUAGAGUGUGGGUGCCUAGAGUGGUCCUUUAAGCGCAGACUCUUCCCCUCUGUUUUUAAAUUACGCCAGUGUUUGUGACUAAAUGGCUACUACAAAAGACUGGACAUAGCCCACUUGCAAUACCUUGAGUAGUCUACUUUUGCAAAUGGUAUGCCAUCAUGUGGGUAAUUCUCAUGUUUGGGGGAAGGGAUACCUACACUCUGGGGAUUGCUAUAAUCACUUACUCCCCAGAGGAAGCUCUUGCAAUAGCUUGAUUUGUUCCUGUUCCUGCUCUCUGGGGAAAGAGAGGUUCACCCACUAAAGCUGGAUCCUGGCCUUGGGUCCAGGGUGGGUGGAAACAGCAGAGACCCCGGCGCAGUUACAGGUAUCUACUGCCACCUAAACGGAUUGUCUAAAAUUCUUUAAAAAUACUUCCAGGUACGUACACCUGCUCACAGUAUAUCCAAAUAUGAUCCCCAAAUAAUAGAUAAGUACUGGCAGAUAGGGUCAUAGGGGCCAAUAGCUGUUAUAUCCCCCUCUCUGCAUUAUGCUUCGGAUUAGCGGGGGUAAGUGGCCCGAAGAAGUCCGUGACUUAGAAGGCUUUUUUACAACCUCUGCUCUCUUUGAGAUCUACCCUAUUGUAGCGGCUGCUGUGGCAUGGGGACACCAAUGGUCAGGCUUGUCUGUUCGUUGCCACUCAGAUAAUCAAGCCACAUGUCACAUAAUCAACAAAGGCCGUUCAUCAUCCCUUACAAUCAUGAGGUUUCUUAGGAAACUCACGUGGUUGGCAGCAUGUCAUAACUUCUACUUGGUUUGCUUUCAUGUACCAGGUAUUAGUAAUAUAGCAGCUGACAGCCAGUCUCGUUUUAAUUUUCAGGCUUUUUCGACAAGCACACCCGUCAGCCGCUCAAGCAGCCACAGUCGCCCCUCCGUUCACACAACUAAUCAUGGACUAGAUAUAAUCAUGCAACAUAGUAGGGAUCUAGCCAAUUAAGCACUAUCGCACAACACUCACACUACAUAUAACAGAGCCUUUACACUAUUCAACAGAUUUCUCGCCGAUCACGACAUAUCACAACCAUCUAUUAUAGCUUUCACUUCCUUUUGCCACCUUAAAUUACACUUAUCGUAUAACACAAUUAAGUUAUAUCUUACAGGCAUACAACAUCACAUGCUAACCCUAAGACCUAACACACAUAGCUUCAUGUCGUCAUACCAGGUAAAGAAUAUACUCUGAGGUAUCCAAAAAUCCGUACCUCCACGGAGACGUCAAAUUCCCUACCCUGCUACAGCAAGGAAAGCUGAGUUAUUUAAACUCCUAAACACGACAACAAACAAUACGGAAGCAGGAGAAGGCCCCAGCAGCACCAAUUCAGGGGACAUCCAGGCUAUGCUGGCCUCACUCAUGAGCUCCAUGGGCAAGGUCAACGACAGACUGGCUAACCUCGAGGUGGUGACCACAGCCCUCACCAAGGCAGGCCUUCCCGACCCCGUACAACCGACAGCAGUCUGUGUGUGUACAGCAGUCUGUCUGUAUAUCUCUGUUAUAAAUGGUAUGUACACACAUUGUUAUAUACUAUAUAUACACACAAUAACACACACAGACAUUGUAGAAACACAUUCAAAGUUACAGACAAUGACGCACUACUACACACACACACAGACAGUACAUACACACACUUACAAUGCUAUACACACAAAGUACAAACAUUGUAAGUAGUUUAUUAGUAAAUUUUGGUAUUUUCUACUUCCAAAUGUUCUCAUUCAUUUAUGUACGUCGUGCCCUGUGAUGUAACGCAUAUAUAAUUAUUUAUGCAAAUUAGAAUGGCCGAUAUUUGUUUCCAAAAUAGAUGGCAACCCUAUGUGCAGCCCUGAGCCAGGAAACCCCUCCAGUGGCCAUCUGAGGAGUGGUCACUUGGUGUCCCUAGGGGCAAUGUAAGUCUUUGCACAAAAAGGCCUACUCACCAGAACAACUACAUUAAGCUGUAUAUCAUACAUUAAGCUGUAUAUCGUACAUUAAGCUGUAUACCGUACAUUAAGCUGUAUACUGUACAUUAAGCUGUAUAUCGUACAUUAAGCUGUAUACUAUACAUUAAGCUGUAUACCGUACAUUAAGCUGUAUAUCGUACAUUAAGCUGUAUAGCUGUAUAUUAUACAUUAAGCUGUAUACUGUACAUUAAGCUGUAUACUGUACAUUAAGCUGUAUAUCGUACAUUAAGCUGUAUACUGUACAUUAAGCUGUAUACUGUACAUGAAGCUGCAUAUUAUACAUUAAGCUGCAUACCGUACAUUAAUCUGCAUAUUAUACAUUAAGCUGUAUACCGUACAUGAAGCUGCAUAUUAUACAUUAAGCUGUAUAUUAUACAUUAAGCUGUAUACCGUACAUUAAGCUGUAUACCGUACAUUAAGCUGCAUAUUAUACAUUAAGCUGUAUACCGUACAUUAAGCUGUAUACCGUACAUUAAGCUGCAUAUUAUACAUUAAGCUGUAUACCGUACAUUAAGCUGUAUACCGUACAUUAAGCUGCAUAUUAUACAUUAAGCUGUAUACCGUACAUUAAGCUGCAUAUUAUACAUUAAGCUGUAUACCGUACAUUAAGCUGUAUACCGUACAUUAAGCUGCAUUUUAUACAUUAAGCUGUAUACCGUACAUUAAGCUGUAUACCGUACAUUAAGCUGCAUACCGUACAUUAAGCUGUAUACCGUACAUUAAGCUGCAUAUUAUACAUUAAGCUGUAUACCGUACAUGAAGCUGCAUAUUAUACAUGAAGCUGCAUACCGUACAUUAAGCUGCAUAUUAUACAUUAAGCUGUAUACCGUACAUGAAGCUGCAUACCGUACAUUAAGCUGCAUAUUAUACAUUAAGCUGCAUACCGUACAUUAAGCUGCAUAUUAUACAUUAAGCUGUAUACCGUACAUUAAGUUGCAUACUGUACAUUAAGCUGCAUAUUGUACAUUAAGCUGUAUACCGUACAUGAAGCUGCAUAUUAUACAUUAAGCUGUAUACCGUACAUUAAGUUGCAUACUGUACAUUAAGCUGCAUAUUGUACAUUAAGCUGUAUACCGUACAUUAAGCUGCAUAUUAUACAUAUAUGAAGCUGUAUACCGUACAUUAAGCUGUAUAUUAUACAUUAAGCUGUAUACCGUACAUUAAGUUGCAUACUGUACAUUAAGCUGUAUACCGUACAUGAAGUUGCAUACUGUACAUUAAGCUGCAUAUUAUACAUUAAGCUGUAUACCGUACAUUAAGUUGCAUACUGUACAUUAAGCUGCAUAUUGUACAUUAAGCUGCAUACCGUACAUUAAGCUGCAUAUUAUACAUUAAGCUGUAUACCGUACAUUAAGUUGCAUACUGUACAUGAAGCUGUAUACCGUACAUGAAGCUGUAUAUUAUACAUGAAGCUGCAUACCGUACAUGAAGCUGCAUACCGUACAUGAAGCUGCAUACCGUACAUGAAGCUGUAUAUUAUACAUGAAGCUGUAUAUUAUACAUUAAGCUGUAUACCGUACAUGAAGCUGCAUACCGUACAUGAAGCUGCAUACCGUACAUGAAGCUGCAUGCCGUACAUGAAGCUGCAUGCCGUACAUUAGCUGCAUGCCGUACAUUAAGCUGUAGUUGUUCUGGUGACUAUAGUGUCCCUUUAACUCCUAACUGGAGAGAUGUUGUCCAGUGAUACUAUUUCACACAGUACAUGUUAUUGCAGCUAAAUUAGAUUGUAACCAUUUUAUUACUUAUGUACGUAUUUUAUUUUAUCUUUAUUUUUUUUGAGAAGGAAACAAUACAACUUAAAUAAUAAGCAAAGUCAGGAGAAAACUAAAUCCAAAAAUGGGCAAAUUCUAUAUACUAUGAUUCUAUGUUAAAUCGAGGUAAUUCUAAAGGAAAGGAAGAGAUUGUUUCUUUUUUAGGUGAAGGUUUGUGUGCUUAUGUUACCAUAUGUCUCUCUAUGGUUGUUCGAUCCUUCCUGGUAGUAAUGUCUUGUAUUUGUGAUUGUAAUAGCUUGGAUUUUGGCCUCCGUGAGGUUUCACUGUGAUCUGUACAGCAGGAGGGCUCAUACAUGCUUUGUUUUACUGACCGUCAUAAUAUUUAGAUUUGAGGAAUUCCUGUUUGGCGUCUGUGCCGUUUUAGGUACCGAGUAUAACAAACACGUUUUCGGUCUGCAUCCUGUUCCUGGUGACAGAUUAUAAUGACAAGAAACUGAGCUCACUGCAACCUGCUUUUACUAAUUUUUAUAGAAAAAAAAACGAACAAACAUUUUUAUACUCUAUGGAUUAACACGGAUUUUAUACAAGAGAAGAUAAGUCAUGGAAACGAAUGUGCUGUUAAAUUAAUCAAAUUAAAAAUAGUGUCGCGCUUAUAUUUACCUUACUAAUAAUGUAAGGUAUCAAUUGCCUUGUGUCAAAUUGUAUGUGAAACUAAAAGUACAAAUACAAGAAUGUCUUCUGUACAACACACCCUAAUCACAGUGUACUUUUAUUUUUUAUUUUAUCUUAUUUAUUAUAUUUAUUUAGAUAUAAUUUGACACAAGGCAAUUGAAAAUCUAUAUAAUUAGGGUAAUUCAAUAUAAGUGCUCCAAUUUUUUAACUUUUGAUAAUGUAUACUUACUGGGUGGAGUAUAUAGGGAGAAAGUUCACAUUGUUGAAGCUGCUGUUUGAAAAUUACAUUCGUUAAAAAUAACCCCCCCCCAAAAAAAAACCCACCCACCAUUUACACAACUAACGUGCUGUUACUGGUGUCUACCAUCUUUUUUUUCAUAGUGAUAGUCAAAGCUUUUUAGUCAUUGUAUUUCAAACACUGUGUAAUGAAGUACUGAGUAAAUGCUACAAGUGGCUCUCUCACGCUCUUGGCUCUUUGUGUAUUAUGGGGGCUACUCUGUUUGUUUGUUGUGUGGUGGCCGCAGGGCACAUGGGGAGGUGAGUUUUACUUGGCUGAACCUAUUCAUCAUGGUCUUCCUGCUAGCACUCUCCAUCUGCUGUACUUAGUCUGUCAGGAGUCCACGUCAGUGCUGUAAUCUCAUGCAUGCGCCACAGUACAACUCAGAGAUCCAUGGAGAAUCCAGCAAGCCAAUGCUAUUUCCCUACAGCCAUUACUAGUGACAAGUGGGAAAAAUUACAAAACUUGAUGGCGUUAGCUCCUGCUUUUGUCAAUCGUAGGUAGUAUACCAAGACAAAGGAAUCCCUACUUUACAUUCGUAUAUGUGUUUAUUGUGUCUAUAGGAAGCGCUGAUGUGUUUAUACCUUAUAUGUAAAACUUAAUAUGUCCACUUACUUGGGAAAUCCUUCCUCCUUGGACUCUCUGCAGUGCAAAGUUAAAUAGGAUCCUGAAAUUAGGCAUCUGUGACAGGGAGGGCACAAAAGGAGUAAGUGGGUAAGUGUUAAUCUCAUAAGAGCAGGCAUAAGGCCGCUAGAGUAGGACCUGCCAAGAAUGGGGUACCUUGACGUUGUGUCAGGCUUAUGCAAUGUAUGAUCCUAUACCGUAACUAAACCCCAAUAUUUUUGCUGUGUGUGUAGAACACUCACAUUAAAUGUUGUUUGAGUAUAACUGUCUUUAUUUUUCUUCAGGGAUGAGGUACAAGCGGAGAGGUGUGGACAAAACUGGACAAGUUGCAAACUAUGUGGAGACGGAGCAGUUAAUCCACGUCCACAAUCACUCACUGUCCUUUGUCCAGACCCGAGGUUCUGUACCGGUAUUCUGGAGUCAGGCAGGGUAUAGGUACAACCCCAGACCACGGCUAGAUAAAGGUAAGUCCAGAAUGGAUUAGAUCUGAAAUUCUUGUCAUCAAUCACUUUCGCUUUGUAUUUGCGCCAUGGUCAUUUAAUAUCAGUGUUCGAGGGCUCUGAUUUAAUGUUACCUUGUGUUAUUCUCAAACCAGUCAAAGGAUUGGCUUGUUCUUUGUAUCAUUUUGUUAGUAAUACGGGAUUCUACACAACUAUUAUCAUUGGCUUCCAGCUGUCCAUGAAUACCUGAUAACUGAUAAUACAUUUAUUCAGUUGUUUGAAUAAACAACUGAUUUAUAUAGCACGUUACUCCAUAAAUCCUUGCUUCGGGAGCUCCAGAUCAAUAUCGAGCUAUUAUACAUUGUUCUAGAUCAGUAUGAAUAGAGACUUGUUUCGCACUUUGUUCCAUUUUGUUUUACCUACAGAUGCAGAGAAAUCUAGCACUCAUUUAUAGUUUUAACAUAAUUGACCCAGUCUAGAGACGCUUUUAUUUAAUUUACCUGUUGGAGUUCUAGAGCAGAGCUCUGCUGUAUCGCCUCUUUAUUAAUCUUCCUUUCAGUUCUGAUGAUUGCUAUCUCUGCUGUCCUUUGUUCUGGUUGUUGAUUUUCUUGCUCCUGUUUUUAGUUUAUGGUUUAUUUCCCCUGGUGUUUUGCCGUUAUUCUACAUUUUGUCCAUUCAUCAGAAACCUGUUAAUGAAACCUAAAAUCAUUCUAGUUCAUUUACCAUGGUUUGCUGGUUCCUGUAGGUGAGAAAGAAACCAGCCAGUAUUUCUGUCUACAUUUUAACCAAGAGCUGGACAUCUACAAGAAGCAGGUACUGUUGUCAUAAUCCCCUGCUUGAUAUUCUCCCCAUGGCCUGACUUCAUCCUGACUUUUCCUGUCACUAUUAUUGAGGUUGUUUUGUUUAUAUUUUAGGUUCUUAUAAACUUGGUGGACCAAGUAGGCAGAGAGAAGAUCAUCGGCGAUGCCUAUCUCAAACAAGUUCUCAUGUUUAACAAUCCCAACCUUACGUAUGUCACCUUCGACUUUCACGAACACUGGUGAGAAUAUUUACUGGUACCUGCUUCACAGAAAUCUAUCGUAUCAAACACACCCAGUAUAUCGAAUGUAUCCACCCAGGGAAAGGUAUCGGUGCAGAGCUUAUUACUUAUUAUGUAACUAGUGAAUAAACCGUUCAUUCGUGUAAAUUCACACAAACAUCUUCCCAUGUUUUUAAUGGGGAAUAAGUUAUUAAAACUUGAUUACUAGUUGUGUUUUUUAAAUACGGCCAUGCUAUUCUGCUCCUUUCUUCCACCUGAAUAAUUGUUGUUUAUUUCCAUUGGCAUCUGAGUUUUGUAAGCGUGUUAUUUGCCUUCUCACACAGCCGAGGGAUGAAGUUUGAGAAUGUUCAGACUCUGACUGAUGCGAUUAGCGAUAUCAUCUUGGAUAUGAAGUGGGGCUGGUGAGUACAAGUUCCUGCCUGUUUGGAACAGUUUAGAUCCUGGAUUUCCUAGAGUCCUUAAGUGGUGUGGGUGCUUUACUUUUGAUAGGGUGGACCAGGCCGGGGUGAUCUGCAAACAAGAAGGGAUAUUCAGAGUAAACUGCAUGGAUUGCCUUGAUCGUACCAACGUUGUACAAGCCGCCAUUGCACGCGUGGUGAUGGAACUUCAGGUAAAGAGCCCAUAAUGUUAUGUAAUGAAUACCCACCUAUACCUAUACCUGCAUUGGCUCUGUGUUAUUGGAAGAAAAAUAAUCAGAAUUGCAAGUUAGUUACAUGAUUACAAUUGUCAUGUGCAACAACGUCUGUCUAUUAACAGAUAGUAAAGUUGUAACAUAAAAAAAACCUUGGUCAUUCCACAUGUUGUGGACUACAUCCCCCAUAAUGCUUUUAAAUCUAUACUGGCAAAGCAUCAGGGAAGAUGUAGUCCACCACAUCUGGAAUACUGAUGGUUGCCUUCCCCUGCUUUAAAUGGUCACAGUGUAGCAGGAGGGAAGAUUUCAUGUUGUGUAAUGAAGCCAUUACGAACUAGUUUUGUCCUACGUAAUCCCUGAUGAUCUCUAUUACCGGACUAAUGCUAAAAGCAUAAGAGGUGGUAGCUCUUCAAUGCCAGAUUGUUGUCCUCAUUAGGUUAAAGAUUAUUAUUACUAUUAUUUUCCACAUUAAGCAAGUCUCCGUGCUUUAAUACAUGGCUGAUAUAAUGAAUACCCAAGAAAGUGGUGCUCAUUGGCUGAAGCUGUGAAUGUCUCUUUCCAGUUUUUAUAUAUUAAUUACCUCUCGUUCACACAAUGACACUGCUCUCUGUUCCCAGCUCAAGAAAUUAGGUGUGAUGCCCCCGGAGCAACUGCUCCCGAUGAAAUGUUACCGUCUGUACCAGAUCAUGUGGGCAAACAACGGCGAUGCAAUCAGCAGGCAGUAUGCGGGAACCGCUGCACUCAAGGUACCUCAUACUUAUUGCACAAGAACUUGUAUUCAUAGGGCUGGAGGAUGGAAGCAAACUCUGUACAUCAUGGUACCGUAUACUGACCCACAAUGCAUUGCAAUCUGUACAUCAUGGUACCAUAUACUGACCCACAAUGCAUUGCAAUCUGUACAUCAUGGUACCGUAUACUGACCCACAAUGCAUUGCAAUCUGUACAUAAUGGUACCGUAUACUGAUCCACAAUGCAUUGCACUCUCUACAUCAUGGCACCGUAUACUGACCCACAAUGCAUUGCAAUCUGUACAUCAUGGUACCGUAUACUGACCCACAAUGCAUUGCAAUCUGUACAUCAUGGUACCGUAUACUGACCCACAAUGCAUUGCAAUCUGUACAUCAUGGUACCGCAUACUGAUCCACAAUGCAUUGCACUCUCUACAUCAUGGUACCGUAUACUGACCCACAAUGCAUUGCAAUCUGUACAUCAUGGUUACCGUAUACUGACCCACAAUGCAUUGCACUCUGUACAUCAUGGUUACCGUAUACUGACCCACAAUGCAUUGCAAUCUGUACAUCAUGGUACCGUAUACUGACCCACAAUGCAUUGCACGCUGUACAUCAUGGUACCGUAUACUGACCCACAAUGCAUUGCACGCUGUACAUCAUGGUACCGUAUACUGACCCACAAUGCAUUGCACGCUGUACAUCAUGGUACCGUAUACUGACCCACAAUGCAUUGCAAUCUGUACAUCAUGGUACCGUAUACUGACCCACAAUGCAUUGCACGCUGUACAUCAUGGUUACCGUAUACUGACCACAAUGCAUUGCACUCUGUACAUCAUGGUACCGUAUACUGACCCACAAUGCAUUGCACGCUGUACAUCAUGGUACCGUAUACUGACCCACAAUGCAUUGCAAGCUGUACAUCAAGGUACCGUAUACUGACCCACAAUGCAUUGCACGCUGUACAUCAUGGUUACCGUAUACUGACCCACAAUGCAUUGCACUCUAUACAUCAUGGUACCGUAUACUGACCCACAAUGUAUUGCACGCUGUACAUCAUGGUUACUCUAUACUGACCCACAAUGCAUUGCACGCUGUACAUCUUGGUACCGUAUACUGACCCACAGUGCAUUGCACUCUGUACAUCAUGGUACUGUAUACUGACCCACAAUGCAUUGCACUCUGUACAUCAUGGUACCUUAUACUGACCCACAAUGCAUUGGACUCUGUACAUCAUGGUACCGUAUACUGACCCACAAUGCAUUGCAAUCUGUACAUCAUGGUACCGUAUACUGACCCACAAUGCAUUGCAAUCUGUACAUCAUGGUACCGUAUACUGAUCCACAAUGCAUUGCACUCUCUACAUCAUGGUACCGUAUACUGACCCACAAUGCAUUGCAAUCUGUACAUCAUGGUUACCGUAUACUGACCCACAAUGCAUUGCACUCUGUACAUCAUGGUACCUUAUACUGACCCACAAUGCAUUGGACUCUGUACAUCAUGGUACCGUAUACUGACCCACAAUGCAUUGCACUGUGUUACAGAUAGCGAUCUCACUCUGCAGCAGGAGUUUAUUAAUCAUAUUUAUCUUUUUAAUAGAACACUUGUCUAGAAUUUUCCCCUUUCUGUUGGUUUGAAUACAGAUUUGCAUUACUAUUGAACCCUAAAUUACAGGACUCUGGCAUGCCAGAAAUGAGAAGUCAUGUUGUAAUUUGUUUUUUAUAUUUUUCAUAAACCACUUACUAUUUUUGUCAGGUGUGAAAUCUCCCAGAUAGUGAUGUGUGAAAUGAUGAUCAGUUUCCUAUUUUGGGUGAAAUGUGUGCAGUAGAUUCACACUCCCACGCUGUAACGGCUAAGAGCAGAAUCUGACAGCUUGCAAAAACAUGUCCAAUCGAUCUCCUCGCUGUGUCACAGAAUGUCACUGCGCUUUCAUAUCUGCCAAUUGAAAUACGGUUGUAGCGGAGGUCCCUGUACCCCAGCUGGGUACCUCCACCAAAGGGCUGCUUCCUACCUGGAACCGGGAAACGGAUAGGGGAACUAGCUCUUAGUCCUUACAAGGACUUUCCCCGCUGUAUCCCCUGCAAGCUGAAACAGCAGACACAGGGGUUAAAUCUCCCUUCCCUGCAGUAACCAGAGGAGACACAGUUCUGGAGGUAAAAUACUCUGACAAUCUUUAUUUGGAACACACAGCUUUUAUGCACAGACCCCCACAGGGGGUCUCCAUUCAGUACAACACAAUCCCAGGCAAAAGGGGUCUGGGUUACAGAUAGCCAUCUCCCGCUCUGGGAGAUACCACCAGUAAAACACUACAUUUAUGGGGGAACACUUAGGGGCUUGGCGCCCCGUGGUAUCACUGGAUAGCCCCGGGUCCCAUCUAGGAUCCCUGUAAAUAGUGGGGCUAUCUGAUGUACAGAGCCCGAGAAAUCAUCUAAAGUCUGGGGCUCGAGGCUCUUUACAUCCCAGAAAUAAGUUCAAUGGAGUUGCUUGGUUUAGUCCGGUGAAUUCAAACUUCACGCCUAAACCAAGCAACAGCCAAUCAGCUGAAAUCAAUCAGUGCUCAGGGAGGAGAGGGAUUUCGUCGCCUAAUCAGGAGAAAGGGCGUGAAACCUCAUUUUAAUAAAGGGUGCUCCUGGAGGGGCGGGGCCUGACCGCAGAGCCGAGUGGUUGACCGUCUCCAAAGCUCCUGCAAAAAACGCAUAGAAAACCACCUUUCCCGACCCAAACGGCGACAAAUCAGGCCACAAAGGCCAGCAAAUGAAAGGGGACACUAAGCAGAGCACUAAUAUACCCCUCAAUCGACAAAAUGAGCAGUACCUAUCAGACAAGCAUCUGAAGCCUAAUCGAAAGGCGGGCGUGGGAGGGACGGCCGCUCUCCCCCCGCCACAACUAGAUGCCUCUGUAAAGAAGGGCCCUAGUUCCUCCCCCCUCCCCCCAUCACCCCCCUGGACCGGAGGGGGUCAUCCCGGUCCACCAGCCCACGGAGAGCACUCACCUCUGGGACACUCGUAAGCGCAACUCCGACCAAACGGCCCCACAAGACCAAGCCAAGAUGGCCGACGGCAGGGCCGCGAAUCCGGCGCAACAGACUGCUGAUGAAUGGGCAGCGGCCUACCGGGCUAAAUUUGACGCCAGAUGCUGGAAAUAUGCUGGAAAUUUUCGGAGCGAGAGGAACCUACCUCCUGCUCCGAUACCAGCUACAAAGGCGGCCGAUCAAAGCAACAACACCACCGGAGCGGUUAACCGGCACUACGACUCGGUGGAAGAAGCAACAAAGGGACAUUAACCGCCCAAAGCAGACAAGCAGAGCCCAAGCAGUGUUGCCAAAGCCACACAAGAGAGGCUCACACAUACCCCCCUCAACCCGAAAGAGUCAACAAAGCCCAAAACGAGUAAGACACAGAGACGAAGGCCUACAGACAUCACCCGAACAUUGCACCACCAGUCCCAUCACAACAGGCCUGAGGGGCAGAGGUUUACAGCCACCCACCACGCAUCCAGCCAACAAUAGCUCCUCGCUACAGCCCGGACCAGAGACACCACAGUUAAAUACAACCCGCAUGUACAAGGCACCUGCAGUGCCAGGAAAACGGUUUGUCCCUUUAAUGAUUUCCCUUGCGGUAUCACAACGUUCUAAUGAGCGUUCUAAAUGGGAAAUCAGGGUGGUCCCCGCUCAGGAGACGAACAGGUUCCAUUCGUCUGAGCUCUCCCGACCGUGGAACAGGCAAAACACACUAAAUAAAUACCCAAUACAUGGGGAAACACACGAAUAAGCAGUGGGCAGGAUACUUAGUGAAGGUGGUCCAUCACAACGGUCUUAACCCUUAAAGGGACACUGUAGGUCUGGGUGCAAACUCCCAUCACCUUCAACCCUCCAGUGAUAAUUAUUUUAGUUUUUAUAAACUGCAAUAAUUACCUCUGAGGGUUAACUCCUCUUCUAGUGGCUGUUUCCCAGACAGCCACUAGAGGGACUUCCGGAAUUGAAACCGACUUUUGGUCCGUUAAUCUGAUGCUGGACGUCCUCGCACUCUGCAUGAGGACUUCUAGCGUCAGAUUUUCCCCAUAGGAAAGCAUUAUAUAAUGCUUUCCUAUGGGGACAUCGUAAUGCAAAUGCGGCCAUUGCCGCGCAUGCGCAUUAGGUUUCCCCCGCCGACGUCCGAGGAGCGUGGGCAGAGCGGAGGGUUAGAGGGCCUUGACAAAGGGGAAAUCUAUAGUGCCAGGAAAACAAGCUUGUUUUCCUGGCACUAUAGAAACCCUUUAAGUGAUAGCUGAACAAACCCCCGAUACCUGUAUAUUUGCCAAGCAGAUCUAUUGAUGAUUGCAGUUUAGUCAAAUGGGAAGCAGCGCUGAUUAUUAAAUCCCCUCCCAUCAGUGCCACCAUUUUGAAAAUUUCAUAUGACCAUAUUUCUGCCAGUGUAGGCUGGUCCAUAGGGGCAGGUGGACCCAUUGAUAAAUAGUAAAACUGACAAAUAUUAACAUUAAAACAGUCUAUUGUCAAACCUUAAGAGAUUGAUACUUUCACUAAUGUCACAUCAAAAGAUUACCAAGAUUUCUCCAAGUAACCUUUUGUAGCUAAAUCGAUACUCUAACAUUAGAAGAAUAGAUUCCGUGAUUUAUUGCUGGAGGGAAAAUAUUACUCUGUAUACUUUAGACUGAAUGACUAAGAGCCAAAUAAAAGAUAAUAUAUGAUUGUUACUUAACUACCUAAUUCUUUUAUCUGCAGUUUAAAUAAAUAUUUGAGUUAAAGCGUUUCUCCAAGCACCUUAAUUACAAUCCUUUAAAUGAUUUGAAGUGAUCACGGUGCCUGUAGUCUGUAUGUGUAGUGUUUUCAUAGGGGUGUUAUCAGCCAACCUGGGACUAGAGUUAUGGGCUGACUCAUAUCAAUUCUGUGCAAUUUCUGUUGCGCAGAAUUGACGUCAUUGGCUGAGAGUGGUCAUCUGACGCUCUCUGCCAAUGAAUGUCAACAGCAUUGACUUCCAGCUUCUACAGCUCUCCAGGGAGCAUCAGGUCCUGGCAUGGACCUAGGUAAGGGGGCAAACCAUUGCUAAACGGUUUGCCACAUUACUAGGGAACUAGGCCAGGGUACCCCUGACCUCAUAACUGUGGCGGACCACCUUGCACUCCGACUGGGUUGCUCCUCCAAUCGCUGCUUCCUAGUGCUCACCAAGUAAUCCAAGCAACCACCAGACAACAUCAGCACUGUAGACCCUUAGCCGCCGCAGCUAGACUGAGGUUUUGCUGUCCUCCAGACACCCUUGACCCAAGUCAGAGAUCCAGCUUCCAGUGGGUAGAACUCUCCCAAUCCAGAGAGUAUAACAGGAUAGCUCUUACAAGAGCUAGUGAUAUAGCCUGUAUAGCCUUCUCCCACAGACAUGAGACGAGACCCUAUGCUGGGGAUAAACUGGAACUGGUUUAAUGGGAGCCACAUGCGGCCUUUUAUGCAACUCCCCAUGUAAGGGGUUUCCUUAAUCACAUUCCAGGGGCAUUCCCCACUGGACCUGAGAGAAGACUAGUUACAAGCAAACAUUCCACACACUCCUCCCCUGUGCCUGAGAGAUCAUUACCUCAGCACACAACCACAUAAUUAACUUAUCUCUCAAGCACAAAAACAUACAAUCUAACAAACCCCAAAAGCACCCCCAAAACACAUGAAAACUCCACAAAAGUCACAUCCCUUGAUAGUCCUGAUCUGGGGAACCAGGAUAUACAUGUAAAUCAUAAUUUUGACUAACCGUGCACAUGGUCCUAUGCACAAAACAGUUCCAGGUAAUCAGUGAUAACUGUCGGUCUCUUUUCGGGAGCGCAAAAGUACCUAAAACACCAAACGGAACACUUAAGUUACUUGUGUAGCCUGUUUCCCUUGUUCAUGUAGAACCGAACGCAGGCGGUGAUGGAAGUCCAGCAGUGUUCGGGAGUGUCUGUGUCCGAUUUUAGUUCCAUGAGAUUCAUGCCCAAACACCGCUGCCUGCGUUCGCGGGAACAAGCUGGCCGCCACCUCGUGGUCAUUCAUACGAAAUCUGUACACCCAGACAAACACUUAGAACACUGCGGUGGAAAUUGCUGCAAAGUAUCAGUUGGGGCAAAGUAUCAGUUGGGCUUAACAAGCUCCUGGGUGGUGUCUGGUUCAUGCGGCUAUUCCGUUCCCGAACCAUAUAAUCCCAAUUGCACAAACAGAGCCUUUUUAAAGUAUAUUAGCCAAAGUCUAUUGCAGGGGCCAUAGUCCUGAGGCAGGAGGCUGGCAAGCAGGCUCCUCCAGGAGCCUGAGGCGAGGUUCUGUUCGCCACAAUAACAAUUAUAGCGGGCUGUAGUGGUAAUAGUGUUUGGAGUAACCCUUUAAGUACCCUUCUAUGUAAAUCUCAAAAUUCCAUUGUUUCAGCCUUAUUAGUAGAAAUACUUAUAACAAGAAUAAAUGUUGCCCAUGUAUUCUGUGACUGAAAUCCUAUAUUAACAUAAUUGAUUCAGGAGAAUUCCCCUGGCAAACGUAUUGGGCACCUGAACACAAUUUUAUAACAUGACAGGAGGCUUCAUAUUUGCUUAAGUCUCUCUCUCUUAACUAGAACUCCACAGCAGCACAUUAAGAUAGAGAGAAAAACAACCAAUCAGAAAACAGUAAGGAAUCCAUAAAAGGCCCCUCCCAACCAACUACUUCCUCUUUCUUUGCUUCUCCGCAGUCAGUACAGGUCAGAGAACCACUGCCUCCUGUUUUAUAUGGGUGGUUGUGGGAUAUACUUUUUACUUGUAUUUGAUUUUAUGAUUAGAUUUUAUGGUUACAUUUUAUGAUUUGAUUUUAGGAUUUGAUUUUAUGAUGUGAGGUCAUGUAUUGUGCCUUAUGCAGGUGUCUUCUUCUUGCCUGCUCUGUCUACCUCCCCCCAUUCUGUGGGGUCUGUAAGGGUGCCUUCCUCCACCUUUCUCCCUCUGCUUUCCCUAUGCUCCCUUGCUGUCAUUCUACUUUUGUCUUUCUUUCUGUUUCACUAGCGGUCGGCGGGGAGCGGUUCCCGUUCUGUUCCGACCGCCGGGACUGCGGAGAAAGACUCCUGCAGUCCCACGUGGGUAUCUCGCACGGUGCGCAGGAACUGCCUGUCUCUCUCCAACGCGACCGCGAGUGGCGUGGGAGGGAUGAUCGGCCACGUGGGAGCGACGGCUUGGCCUCCCUACACCGAAGGUCCCCUCUGACCGGGCCCCGGCGGGGAGGCAGAUUACAGUUACACUAGAUCUAUUGUUCUGGCUACCUACUUUCCAGAAACGGUUAUUUACUUUUUGAUUUUCUUAUUAGCACCCCGCUUUUUGUUUACUCACUGUUCAUUGGUGACUUUCCAUAGCUUGCUUUAUGCUAUGGGUUGCCUGUUAUACACAGAUGCUGCAAGGGGUUGCUUUUUGUGUCCCACACUGUCUUGGGUUAACUACAGCUACAGAAGAGUGUUUAUUACAGUUCACAGAAGAGUGUUAUUUACGGUCACACUGCAGAGUGUUAGGCACAAUUUAUCUGUAUAGUGGCAUCUACAGUUACGCAGAAGAAUGCUGUGUGCAGUUACACAGAAGAUUGUUGGGUACAGUUACACAGGAGAGUGUUGGGUACAGUUACACAGGAGAGUGUUGGGUACAGUUACACAGGAGAGUGUUGGGUACAGUUACACAGGAGAGUGUUGGGUACAGUUACACAGGAGAGUGUUGGGUACAGUUACACAGGAGAGUGUUGGGUACAGUUACACAGGAGAGUGUUGGGUACAGUUACACAGGAGAGUGUUGGGUACAGUUACACAGGAGGGUGUUGGGUACAGUUACACAGGAGGGUGUUGGGUACAGUUACACAGGAGGGUGUUGGGUACAGUUACACAGGAGGGUGUUGGGUACAGUUACACAGGAGGGUGUUAGGUGCUACUAAUCUGAAGAAGUGUUAUGUACAUUUAAUCGGAAGAAUGGAAUGGACAAUUUAUCACCUGUGCAUCACUGAAGGGUCUGAUUUGUCUGUGCCCCAGGCUUUGUCUGUGCCCCAUUGAUUGGCCUGCUUUGUCUGUGCCCCAUUGAUCUGGUCUGUGCCAGAAUGUCUGCAUGCCAAGCCUACUGCCACAUUCUCACGCUUGUGCAUUGCAUGCGCUGCCCAACUUGCCUCACUAUAUGGGGUGCUGCCCCGAUUUUCCUACCGGUGACACUUGUCCUCUAUACUCCUAGAGCUCACUUUGCCUGGGACUGCUGCACAGGAGAACCCUUAUCUGGGAAAAGAGGCAGGCAAUGACUACUAUGGCGGUGACCGCCUCCAUGGAUUUAGGCUUUGGCCAGGGUCCUCCCUAAAGCCCCUCAGGAGUGAAACGCUAGAGGGCCCACCUUUUAAAUGGCAGGCGACUUGAUUGAGUCAGACUCUCCUAGAUGAGAGCAGGCAAGUGCGCAUAAGCGCUAUUGGAGGGGUGAAGGCCCUGUACCAGGCUCCCGGAAAGAUGAGACUUCGGAGAAGCGUCGAGCCCCGAUAUGAUCUGCCUUGACGGCCAGACGACCUUGUGGUGCAGGGGUGUGAGUUCCCGUAACCACCAUGGCCGCCCUAGCUGAAUGGUGGGCAGACCGGUUCCCCUCGUAGGGAGAGGACGAUGGGGGUGUGGACUAUGUUGAUGUCCCCAAGUGGCACCGUGGGACGGAGAACAAAGCCCCACUACAGGGGCUCCGACAACCGUGGAAGAAGAGGUCGUCUUGUAGGUCACCUUAAACAAACCCCUGUUCGACCCUCGACCCAUUGCUCCCCUGGUUUCUUUGGGGAGCACCUAGCACCAUCGGUGCAUUUCUGAGGCCGUAGACCGCUGGCUUGAGAAGCCUGCAGGAUACUUGGAGCGGUAUACCCAGCCGGGCUCCCGAAUAAGGUAGCCUAGUACCCAGACUUAGACCCCGAUGGGGCGCUGCGGCUUUCCUGGUUAAAGCAUCUGUCUAGUAUACAGGAGAUCCUGAGUGCGGCCUGCUGCAGUGCCUAUACUGUACUUUUAAGUCCGCACUGGCAAGCCGAUUGUUCUCCUCUACACAAGUGAUUUGUGCUAGCAGGACAUACAAGGAAGUAUAUUAGGUGUCUAGUUUUUAUAUGAAUAAACUUUACGGAGACAUAUCUAAAGCUCCAACCCAUACCUGUUCUAUGGGAUUGGAUCCUUGGCCCUGGAAUUUCACAUUUGCCUCCCCCUUCUGACAUACCAGACGGGACCCCGAAUCUGGGGAUUGCAGGCGACCCUAUUUUGAUCACAGUUUGGACCGCUGGAGGUGCUUGGGAUUAAGGGAUCUGAGCCCUUUGGAGCCCCCGCACGAGACUACACUUGAACGUAUAUACAUUAGUUACUUUGAAUUAGAUGCGGUCCUCAGGGAACUUCUAAGGACCAUGUGGUCAAUUCCUGGUAAGGCGGGCUCAAUUUUCUCCCUGGCGAGAUAAGUAUCUGGGGCAUCAUUUAUUUGGAUGAUAAUACAGCCUGGCUGGCAGGUUUGGAUGAAUUUAGGACAUUCGGGAAUACCAGAACUAUCUGACGAAAUCCUUCUCGUUUUUCCACGAGGACGUUUCGCUGUUCGGUCUACCCGGACGGGCUUGCUGGACCCUCUGUGACGAAAGGCCAGGUGCUCUAGGAGUAGAGUCCUGGAGGACGGAUUGGACGCAAGGGGGUACCUCCUACGCCUUCCUCUACCCGAGUUCUCGUAUGUUUGGAAUAGUUUUCCGGGAGGACCCGGCGUCAAGACUUUGGUCCACGGAGGAGGACCCAUCAGGCCCGACCAGUUUCAGCUGGCGUACAGACCCGUUUGCUCAGUAAUGGACGCUUUCCUCCAGGGGUGUUCGACACAUACACACUGACGAGUCUCCUCAGUUUGUUUGGUUCCAGGACCUUACUACAGGUGUCUCGGUCUGCUGGUACGUUGGUUUUAUGGCCUCUGCUUCGGCCGAGUCGAAACUAGUGUCCUGGAUUCCCUGGGACCUGUCCUAUUUGAUCUCAGGGACAGUAAGACAUUUGUCUGCAUGGCGACCCUGACGUAGUUGGGUCUGGUACGGAUUACCAGAAAUUUUGCAAACACUGUUACAGGGUUCGAGAAUUGUUUCGUCACUUUAUUGACCGGGGACUGUCGUAUCAUCUAGAUUAGGUAGCGCGUACGACUGUUUUCGGCGGGCCUCGCUCUGCUUAGUAUCCCCCUUCGAGCUAGACGUGCGGGUUCAUAGGGGUGUGAGUUCUUUACGAUUCCCGAGGACGGGUAUUCAUCUCCCCAAGGGCUACACGCGUUUUUUGUCAUGCUUCAAUUGCCGGUUUUCAUCCGUUUUUUGUCUAUUCUCCGACUCUAGAUUUGUUUCCUUUAUUAUACCUUGUUUUUCUUUCAGAUGGGUUCGGAUGUUCGGGCCUUAGUAGUCUAUCGGCUCUAGUUGGACCCGAGGGUUAUAUUCUUAUCUUGGUUGCGCGUCCCUCUUUUAUGCUGCGUUCCACGCCACCAUUUGUUUAGAUGGUUCUUUUCCUUUUUUCGCCCUUCAUGUACCGCUUGGUUGUUGUUGGCAUUGGCGGGGCGUGUAGGUCUUUCGGUUCAUUUCAGUCUGUAACACGGCAACUUCAGGCGCCGUCCUGGCGGUUACAAGGAGCUAUCUUCGCAUAGUUUAGGUUGGUACGGCGGAUCGUGUUUCUUUGGGCUUUGCUGUCUGAGCGUUAAAACAGCAAAUAUGAAGCCUCCUGUCAUGUAAUAAAAUUGUAGAUUAUACUAGCUUUACUGUAACUAUAAUCUUAAUUUUAUUAAUGACAGGAGGCGAGUAUUUCCCUCCCAGUUUCUCCCUCCCCUUGUUUGUGUGUUGGUUUGAUUGACCUUUUGUUUAUUCACCUGUUCUCCUGGGCUAGGUUGGUUAUCUGGGGGAGUUGGGGUUUAUCUGGGAUAUGGUACAGCCAGUAUUUUAUGAUGGGGAUUCAUGUUUUUUUCUCAGUACCUGGGAUAUUAUACUGUCAGUAUUUGACAAUGGGGAUUCAUGUUUUCUCAGUAGAUUUCAUUCGCUAAUCAGUGUUUUCGACUCUGUUUUAUCUCAUUUCAGUUUAAUGGUUCGGGUACAGUUCUUAGAUCUACAGGAUAAAGGUCAAGGCUUCAUCCACUGGUUCCACAUUUUCAAUUUUGGAUGGCAUUCAUCGUUAUGUUGUUUCUUCUGUUAUUGUAUUGGUGGUGUAUUGUUCAUGUACUUUAUUUGUCGUAGCGUGAAAGAGGACAGUUGGUUGGGAGGAGCCUUUUAUGGAUUCCUGACUAUUUUGUCUUUGGUGUUUUUCUCUCUAUGUUAAUGUGCUGCUGUGGAGUUCUAGUAAAGAGAGACUUAAGCAAAUAUUCGCCUCCUGUCAUUAAUAAAAUUAAGAUUAUAGUUGCACUAAAGCUAGCAUAAUCUACAAUUUCACUCCAGCCUCUUUGCCUUGGCUUCCCUUGUCGCUUUCAAAAGGCCCCAGAAGGUCUAGGGAACCAUCUCAAUGUCACUUCACAUUUCUGUCUUGGGUGAACUUUACUUCCUCUUUUUAUAGAUUUCUGAUGUAGAAUGUAUUAGGCCCACACUGCUUACUCCAUGUGUCUGACGGCACCUGCCAAUAUUGACACACCAUAAACUUAUCGCAUGCCACUUGCAGGUCAUUUCUCCAGGUUUAUUUUGGAAUAAUUCUCACGAAUCCUCCCAUAUUGUGUGUUACAGGGAGAUUUUACUCGUACCGGUGAAAGGAAGCUGGCCGGCGUGAUGAAGGACGGAGUGAACUCUGCAAACCGAUAUUAUCUGAACCGAUUUAAAGAUGCGUACCGCCAAGCAGUGAUAGGUAGAAAGGCAACAUUCCGAUUCCCUUAUUCUAUAAUCUUUCUGUCUGUACAUGGAAUAUGUCUGCCUUUCUCCAGCGUAAAACAGACCCAUUUUACUGCAGUUUUCUCAUAGCUGGGUCUACUCUGUCAGUCUGUCUCUGAUAUUGCGGGGACUACUAUGUAGUCUGACAUAUUCUGCUUCUUCUGGAAGGAAAAAAAACAUGAAAACUGCUUACCUGUCACAAUAAACCCAUUUGUCACCAAAAAGAAAAUUUUAACUGGAAAAAUCUAAUUAUACUUUCUGUUCACUUUUUAGUAAAUAACCCUGUAAAAUGAAAUGGAAGAAAUUAAUAUUUUUGAGAAAAUAAGGGAAUAAAUAGGAAAAGUGACUUUUUAUACACAGCCAAUGUAUUUUUUUUUUUUUUUUUUUUACUUAAUGUUAUAUUAAAUGUGUCAGUAGUUGGACAGGUUCAUUGUGACUAAACAUAUAAAUUUACAUUUCAGCUGUCAGUGUAAGCUAGCACAGACCGUAGGGCUGUGUGUAUGAAACCGCCAUUCAAACGUUAGACCUCUACUGGCUCGAUCAAUAUGGUAUGUGGCGUUCAGCCACGUUUGACUGGUAUAAGACUGCUAUUUAGUAGGAGCUGAAAAGUACCUUUGGUAUCUGGUCAGGGCUUGAUUAGUGCCAAAACGAAACAAUACAAAACAGAACAAAUGGCUCAAAACUGGUUGAAGACAACCACAUGGGCAAGAUGACAGACAUUCUGAAUGGUUAUCUGUAUAUGCCUAACAGGGGAAUUAUUGCAGAUAAUGUGGGGCCAGCCUCUGCCCUCCAUUAUUGCUGAGUUUGUGGGGUGUCAGGUUGUCUUGUGUCCAUCUUCUGCUGGGGGUGUUUUCCCGGUGCGGUGAGAGCGCGAUAAAGUUUGUCUAGGGAUCGUGUCCAUGAGAGAUGGGGGGUGAGACAACAACUAAAAACCUAAAUGCAACUUUUCAUUAGUCCUGCCUGGGGGAUUGUUGUAAUUCGGGUAACUGUCCUCUCAAGUGUCCGCUCGGUGCUGGUUUACCCGUUGCUCCUUGUAAGCCGUGGAGGACGGGACGUUGACGUUAGUGGGUUGAAACGAACUGACGUUUGCUACAUCCCAGGUGUGAUUGGCCUUUGGCCUCUGGUCGGUUGUAGCUUGUUCCUGUUGUGGUGGUAGGCCCAGCGCUGCCAAUACUGAGUCUAUUUCCGAUGGGUCAGUGACCUGUGUUGUGGCGCCCUUAUGUGUGAUGAUCAGGCUUCUGGGGAAUGCCCAGUGGUAUGGGAUGGAGGUGUGGUGGAGAGCGGCUGUCAGGGGUUUGAGGAGGCUCCUCCACAGCAGUGUAGGCCUAGAUAGGUCUUGAAAGAAUGACAGGCUGGCUGUCUCAAAGAGGUGGGAUGCCUUCCCCCUCACCGCUGCCAUGAGGGUUGCUUGGCCUGUCCCGUUUGAAAUUGGAGGAUGAUAUCUCUCAGGGUGUUCGCUGGGGCUCUAGCAGCCCUCGGGAUUCGGUAGAUCCCGUCUGUUAGAACCGUCUUCAUCUGCUGAGGCGUGAGUAGGGAGGUAGCCAAUGUAUUUUUAAAGGCUCAUUUAUUUGACCCAGUCAGAAUUGAACUGGGAUUCAAAUCACAGUCAGGAAACCGAGAUUUUAGUUGUGAUCGUACAGUAAUAGCUACCUCCUUUUUGCUGCUAAAUGCAGCCGUCCUGAUACAAAAAAAACAGACAUUGCUGUUAUUUCCAGAUACAAUCACAUGGCCCUAAUUGUGCCGUGUUGUAGAAUUUGUGUUUGUUUAAAAAUUGCUACAUGUUUACGCUGUGAGAAAGGAAGUGUCUAUUUCCGUAAUGAUCUGGUUACCUGUAUACACUCUAAUUUUACUGACCAUCAUGUUUCAGAUUUGAUGCAGGGAAUUCCCGUGACAGAAGAUCUAUACUCCAUCUUCACCAAAGAGAAGGAACACGAAGCCCUUCACCGACAGAGCCAGAGGAACCACCAGGAGCUGAUCAGUCAGCUGCUCCAGAACUAUAUGGAGAUGCUGCUCCCAGACACAGAGAAAUUCCAUGGAGGAUGGGCCCUGAUAGACUGUGACCCCAGGUCUGUAACCGAGGGGCGUUAGGGCAAGGUACCCAAUAUGUCUCUGCUGAUGACUAUGGACUCGGGGCCCUGAUAGACUGUGACCCCAGGUCUGUAACUGAGGGGAGUUAGGUCACGGGUACCCAACAUAUCUCUGCUGAUGGCUAUGGACUCGAGGCCCUGAUAGACUGUGACCCCAGGUCUGUAACUGAGGGGAGUUAGGCCACGGGUACCCAACAUAUCUCUGAUGAUGGCUAUGGACUCGGGGCCCUGAUAGACUGUGACCCCAGAUUUGUAACCGAGGGGAGUUAGGCCACGGGUACUCAACAUAUCUCUGCUGAUGGCUUUGGACUCGGGGCCCUGAUAGACUGUGACCCCAGGUCUGUAACUGAGGGGAGUUAGGCCACGGGUACCCAACAUAUCUCUGCUGAUGGCUAUGGACUCGGGGCCCUGAUAGACUGUGACCCCAGGUCUGUAACCGAGGGACGUUAGGGCAAGGUACCCAAUAUGUCUCUGUUGAUGGCUAUGGACUUGGGUCCCUGAUAGACUGUGACCCCAGGUCUGUAACUGAGGGGAGUUAGGCCACGGGUACCCAACAUAUCUCUGCUGAUGGCUAUGGACUCGGGGCCCUGAUAGAUUGUGACCCCAGGUCUGUAACUGAGGGGAGUUAGGCCACAGGUACACAACAUAUCUCUGCUGAUAGAAAAAUGGAAAUAGGUACCAGCGCUAAUAUAAAGGAGGUAUAAAAAUAUAUGGUAUAAAAUAUAUAUACCAGCUGCUAAACACUGAAUAGAAGUGACUUUCCCAUAAGACACAAAGUAUACAAUAGACAAAAAGAUAGAUAGUGUAGCGCUUAUAUGUAACAAUUUAAAUAGUAGUUACCUUAAAAAUAGUAAUCUACAUCCAGAUACUAUCAAUAUAGUGUAGUGGACAAGAUGGAAUCAAACUCUGAAAUGGUACAAAGGAGAUACCCACAUAGUGUAAAACCUUUUAACAAUAUAAAUAAUAAAAAUUAUUUUAGGAACACUCACAAACAUAGAGCUAAAAACCUAGCUCUGGUGUAGUUGGCUUGGGGUCCGUUACGGCGACCCACCCCUAUGGAGAGAUCUGUGUGUGGUCCUAAGGAAGUUGGAAAAAAACACAAUAGGGUAGCACAGUUUGAUGUUAAAAUAAGAAGAAUGGUAAGUAAGAGAUGUACUUACCAACCUAGAGCCCCUGUGGCUCUGCAGUCGUGCGAUGUGUAGUAAGGGACUACACUCCCUCAAAUAUAAGAUGAUGCCGGCCACCAGGAUUAAAAGUAGAAUACUUUAUUGAAUACACUAAAAUAUAGUAAAACAAUAAAAAAGGAACAAUGUCCGUAUAAAAAUCCCAGCCGUAACGGACCCGAAGCCAACUACACCAGAGCUAGGUUUUUAGCUCUAUGUUUGUGAGUGUUCCUAAAAUUAUUUUUAUUAUUUAUAUUGUUAAAAGGUUUUACACUAUGUGGGUAUCUCCUUUGUACCAUUUCAGAGUUUGAUUCCAUCUGGUCCACUACACUAUAUUGAUAGUAUCUGGAUGUAGAUUACUAUUUUUAAGGUAACUACUAUUUAAAUUGUUACAUAUAAGCGCUACACUAUCUAUCUUUUUGCCUAUUGUAUAUCUCUGCUGAUGGCUAUGGACUCGGGGCUCUGAUAGCCUGUGACCUAAGGUCUGUAACUGAGGGGAGUUUUGGCAAGGUACCCAACAUGUCUCUGCUGAUGGCUAAGGACUCGAGGCCCUGAUAGACUGUGACAAAUGAUUUGUAACCGAGGGGAGUUAGGGCAAAGUACCCAAUAUGUCUCUGCUGAUGACUAUGGACUCGGGGCCCUGAUAGACUGUGACCCCAGGUCUGUAACUGAGGGGAGUUUUGGCAAGGUACCCAACAUGUCUUUGCUGAUGGCUAAGGACUCGAGGCCCUGAUAGACUGUGACAAAUGAUUUGUAACCGAGGGGAGUUAGGGCAAAGUACCCAAUAUGUCUCUGCUGAUGACUAUGGACUCGGGGCCCUGAUAGACUGUGACCCCAGGUCUGUAACUGAGGGGAGUUUUGGCAAGGUACCCAACAUGUCUUUGCUGAUGGCUAAGGACUCGAGGCCCUGAUAGACUGUGACAAAUGAUUUGUAACCGAGGGGAGUUAGGGCAAAGUACCCAAUAUGUCUCUGCUGAUGACUAUGGACUCGGGCCCUGAUAGACUGUGACCCCAGGUCUGUAACUGAGGGGAGUUUUGGCAAGGUACCCAACAUGUCUCUGCUGAUGGCUAAGGACUCGGGGCCCUGAUAGACUGUGACAAAUGAUUUGUAACCGAGGGGAGUUAGGGCAAAGUACCCAAUAUGUCUCUGUUAAUGGCUAAGGACUCGGGGCUCUGAUAGACUGUGACCCCAGGUCUGUAACUGAGGGGAGUUUUGGCAAGGUACCCAACAUGUCUCUGCUGAUGGCUAAGGACUCGGGGCCCUGAUAGACUGUGACAAAUGAUUUGUAACUGAGGGGAGUUAGGGCAAAGUACCCAAUAUGUCUCUGCUGAUGACUAUGGACUCGGGGCCCUGAUAGACUGUGACCCCAGGUCUGUAACUGAGGGGAGUUUUGGCAAGGUACCCAACAUGUCUCUGCUGAUGGCUAAGGACUCGGGCCCUGAUAGACUGUAACCCCAGGUCUGUAACUGAGGGGAGUUGGGGCAAGGUACCCAAUAUGUCUCUGCUGAUGGCUAUGGACCCAGGGCGCUGCUGAGGACUGAAUGUUGGAAUUGAUUGGACAAUGCAUGCCUGUUACACAAAAUCAAUAUUAGUCACCAUUUAGAAAGAUUUUUUUUUUUUUUUAAAUAAAACUUUUCAUCUUUAUUUUCACCUGCAAUGAAGCAGUAUAAAAUAUCGACCUGGCACGCUGAGGUUUGAAACUGAGGGUUUAGUAAAUAGUUUAUUUUAAAUUGUGAUGAUGGUUAGAUAAUGACUAGAGUCCCUCUAUCUCCCCAGCCUUAUCGAUGCCACUCACAAGGAUGUCGAUGUCCUACUGCUGCUUUCCAACUGUGCCUAUUAUGUUGCCUAGUAAGUGAAAUUCUCUUCUCCUAAAUUUGUUUUUAACAAGCCAGUAUGAUGGACCUCUUUCACUUCACUAACCUGUUUGCACCAGUGGCAAGCAAUGCUUCCGCCCCCCAACUCCAUGUUUCUCACCGUUAUUCCAGAGCCCUGAGAUCAGUUACACUAUUUACAUCAAGUUCUACACCAACCUAAAGCUUAUUUCACUGUAUUUUAGUUUACAGUUAAGGAUAAAUGUUAAACAAUUGAUGAUGCCGUCCCUUUUUAAUGGGUAUACAGUACAGAUAUGUAGUUCAGUGUUUUAAAACAGCAGAAUGUUUAUACUAAGACAUCACAAUUUCCACCCUCCAUUAGCCAUUGGAGACUUCCACUAGCCACUGGAAACGUUAACCUUGGCAAGUAGGAAUUUAGGAAAGAAAUAUGGUGAUUGCGCACACAGUAGAAGAUAUUUUCAAUUAAGUAGAUAAUCCCUAGAUUCUGUAAAUAUAAAAAAAACAUCAUAGGGUAAUAUAUCUUAACACAGAUACCAGUAAAAAAUACUUUAUAACUCACAAUAUUUAGAGCCUUUCUGAGUUGGCUCUAAACUGUAGUAGCAAGUACAUCAAUCAAUAAGGAUUCAGGUCCCUCAGAAAGUGUCAACAGCCUACUGUAUUGGAAAUCAGGAACCAGGUCACCGAAGCAAAUAAAAGUAUGUAUAUUUAUUUCAACAGUUAUAAAAUAAGGUAGAAAAAAAGCGUUUCGACCCAGUGCAAUGGGUCUUCCUCAGGUGCAUAUCUUGUAGCAUAUACAACAACAUUCAUAUAUAUGGCAUAAAUGUCUAAUACCAAUAAAUUACAAACAUUAACAGCUGUGUGUUGAUAGUCCGUCCCAUUCACCAUAUAAGGAGUGUUUCCGGCUGUAAUUUCGGUGUAUUCGCCUCUACCAAGAUGUCCGCCGUGUGGUUACUUCCUAUGGAGGUACCUCCGACCUUCCCAAGAUGGCCGCGCGUUCAUACCGUCUCGCGGCUAAUCACUGGAUAUUACCACUUCUGGUUUCGUCCGGCUCCGAUCACGUGAUUUCGGGAGGCGUGGACGUACUAGCUUGUCAAUCAUUAAUUCAUACUAUGAUAUCAGAACAGUCUCAUAGUCCCAUAUAGGGACGAAGUCCAUAUAAAGACCUUGUGAGAAAAAGGAAAAAAGGACAUAAGGGAAAUAAAGGAAGGAAAAAUACAAAAUGGUAACAAUACACAUCAAGCAAGAAAUAUACACCUAACCAGCAUAACAAAUAUAAAAUCAAUAUAUAAAUAUAGGGAUUUCAAAUUGAUAAUGUACAGAAUAUAAGAGCAAGAUAAUUUUCUUAAAAAAAAAAAAAAUCUUUUUUUUUUUUUACAAAAUUUUAACUAUUUCCAAAUCUAUAUUUAACCCCCUGGGACGUAGGGUUUACAGUUGAAAUAUCCAGUUGGAUUCUUUUUUACUCAAAUUAGGAGCACUAUCGCCACCUCUCCAACGCGUUUGUAUUUGUUGAAUAGCUGUAAAUUCGAAUUCUCUUGGAUUAGAAUUAUGUAUUUCUAAAAAAUGGUUUGAUACACUGUAGUUAAUAAAACCAAUAUUAAUAUUUCUUGGUUUUAGUGGUCCCGAGGUUUUACCUGUAUAUUGUAAACCACAUGUUCACUGUAAUAAAUAAAUGACAUUGCUAGACUCCCACGUGAUAAGAGGUAAUAUUAAAUCUUUCUGUUUUACAGUUACAGGCAUAAGGACCACAAUGAUGGAAGCCUUUUUGGGUUUUUAACCAUUUAGUUAGAAAAUUAGUAUUUUUCUCUUUUUUUUUUUUUUUUACAUAAUUUGAGGUUAAAAUUUGCUUAAAAUGUUUUGCCCCCCUAAAAAUCUAUUUAGGCUUAGCUCCUAUAAAAUCGAACAUUUCAUGUUCUUGUUGUAAAAUGUGCCAGUUUUUAUUUACAAUUCUUUUUAUUGCACCAAUAUUGCUGCAAUAAUUAAAAUUGAGUGGGAUUUGUUUACCCUGGUUACUCUGUUCCUUCUUUUUAUAAUUAAAUAACUGGGGUCUAUCCAGAUCUUUAAUGCUAUCAAUAUGUGUUUGGAGAUUAUCUUCACCAUACCCCUUUUCUAGGAAUUGUUUCUUUAAAAAAGAUGACUGUGAGAUAAAAUCUGCUUGGUCCGUACAAUUUCUUCACAUUCGCAAAAAUUGACCAAGGGUCAUGGUGGCAGCUACUAGUUUCAAUAAAGCUGUUUACAAAAAGUACGGGUUUUAAGUUGUUGUUCAGAAACAUAAAUAUUAAGAUCUAAGAAAUCAAUAGUGGUCGAGCUAACAUUUUUAGUUAAAAUCCGCCUCAGAUCCCUUCCAGAUAAUAAAAAUAUCAUCUAUGUAUCGCCUGUAUAGGGCCAGGUUUGCACUCCAGUUAUGUCCCUCGUAUAUAAAUAAUCGUUCCCAAUUUGACAUAAAAAGAUUGGCAUAACUGGGGGCAAAAGUAGGAAUUUACCCCUGAUUAGUAUGCCUUGGGCCUUGCUGGCUUGCAGCUACAAAUCACUUUUAAGGGCUGGCUGGAAAUGUAGGACUGACAUGCCAAGCCCAGUCUAUAUAAUUAUUAUUAUUAUAACUUUUUAUAUUAUUUUAAUUACAUACUUUAUCUUCUCUCCUCCCCCAGUUAUGAUGAUGAGGUCGAUAAAGUGAAUCAGUAUCAGCGAUUGAGCUUGGACGACUUGGAGAAGAUUGAAAUUGGUUAGUAACUGGCAUUCUGUGUGGUUAUGGGUAUAUAGAGACGGCACUGGUUAUCGGUAUGGCGAUGCUGGUUAUAGUGAUUUAGAGACGGCAACAGUUAUCGGUAUGGUUAUGGUUAUUUUUGUGAUAUAGAGAAUGCACCGGUUAUCUUUAUGGUUAUGGUAAUUUAGAGACGGCACCGGUUAUUGGUAUGCUGGUUAUGGUGAUUUAGAGGUGGAACCAAUUAUCGGUAUGGUUAUAGUGAUUUAGAGACGGCACCGGUUAUCGGUUUGGGUAUGGUGGUUAUAGUAAUUUUGAGACUGCACCGGUUAUCGGUAUGGUGAUGAUGAUUUAGAGACUGCACCAGUUAAUCUUUAUGGUUAUUGUAAUUUAGAGGCGGCACAGGUUAUCGGUAUGGUUAUAGUGGUUUAGAGAUGGCACCGGUUAUCGGUAUGGUGAUUUAGAGAGAGCACCGGUUAUGGUGGUUAUGGUAAUUUAGAGACAACACCGAUUAUCGUUAUGGUUAUUUUGACUAUAGUGAUUUCGAGACGGCACUAGUUGUCAGUAUGGUUAUGGUAAUAUAGAGAUGGCACCGGUUAUCAGUAUGGUUUUAGUGAUUUAGAGACGGCACCGGUUAUCGAUAUGGUUAUAGUAAUUUAGAGACUGCACCGGUUAUCGAUAUGGUUAUAGUGAUUUAGAGACGGCACCGGUUAUCGAUAUGGUUAUAGUGAUUUAGAGAUGGCACCGGUUAUCGAUAUGGUUAUAGUGAUUUAUAAAUUAAGUCUGUAAUCUGUGUGUUCACUGUGAUUUAGAGCAGGCUUUCGUUAAGAGAGCUGGUUAUUUGAAGAGUUAUGACAAUUGCGGGAGGGUGCCGGCUCUCUCUGUAUGAUCUGUUACUUAUUCAGUCUGGUAGUUAUUGCAUUAACAGGAUUUUAUCCCCAAAUUCUAGGCUUUAUAAUCUCUUUAAUUUGCCAUAAUAUGCUGUUGGCAUCAAACCAUUUACCUAUUCUUAUUGUAUAAGCAGUGGUCCGUAGAUCUGAGUGAUUCUCCUAGACACCCUUAAUAACCGGUAUUAAUUCAUUUUGUUCUCAUUUUGCUCAGGACCUGAACCAACAUUUUUCGGAAAGCCUAAAUUCUCUUGCAUGAGGUUGCACUACAAAUACAAAGAGAAUCCUGGCUACUUCCAUACACUGAGAGCGGUGACACGCAGCCUGGAGGAAGAUGGGAAAGGUAAAUGUUCAAGAUAUUUCUGCUUAGAAAGAGUGAACAGGUCCGUACUGCAUGCAGAAUUUUACUGGAAGGACUGGUUAGUUUGUUUAGUUGUCUCUGACAUAUUCUUAAAAUAAAGUCUACGGUAUGAGGGCUAAAAUUGAUUUGUAAUUUUAUUUCCCCAGCAUAAUUCUCUCUUUGAGGAACUUCCCCUUUCUUUGUUGGAGGAUUGAUGGCGGAAUGGGCUGUUUAGAGGGGGAUUGAGGGGAUGAUGUUAGGAAUGAGCUGAAUAUGUGGUGCUAUAAAUGGGAAGAUAGUAGAUGUAAAAUGGGGAAAGUAGAUGUAAAGAUGACAUACUGCAAGAAUCCUCCUGGAAGAUCAGAAUUUGAUAAUGAUUUUUAGAGGGACGCUCAAAGCUGCAGGUCAGUGCAGAGGUUGUGUCGUGUUGUGUAGAAUGCCCCGACACCUUCCUCUGGUUGAUCACCAAACUGUUUAGAAGCAGUUCAACAUAAACCGGCCUCUUCUCUGUGAGCAGGUACCAUGCAAUGUCGACUGUGUUGAUAAUGUAGAAUCAAUGUCUGUUCCGUCCAGUCUGGACCACGGUGAUUGAUUGAGAUUACUGUCUGCGUGUUUUAAUGUGACCCUGUGGAAAAAAUAAAAUAAAGUUAAAUCCCUCCCCUGCAAGUUGAUCACUGACUACAGUGAUCAGUUGGCAGGGACUACAUUUUACAGUAAUCUGAUGUUUUAUUUAUUUUUAACGCCGGAGGGUUUUUUUUUUUCUCUCAGGGGUUAAAUGUAUUUUAUUAAAUAAUUUUAAAUAUUUUAAAAUGCCAUAUUUUGCUAGCUGGGGUGGGUUGAAGUUAUGGGAAAUUGGAGAAUUUACUGUUAGUGCUGCUUACUGCUAGUUAGGGGUUAACGGUUAAAAAAAAAAAAGUUUUUAUAACAUUUUUAAGUGUAAGAAACGUUUUUAAUAAGUAAAAAAAUGUAAGUGAAAAAAAAGUUUAAAAACAAGUUUUAAAAAGUGACAAGAUACAUUAAAAAAAAUGCUAAUUACCACAACACCUGGAACAAACUAGCGAAAAAAUUAUCCCAUGUUAAGGAUCAAAAUAUGCCUUUUACAUAACCCCAGGGUGUAUUCUUUAAUAAAUAGUAUGUGUUUGUGGGAAAGUUUGAAUAACCAACCAGCCAAACUACUUCGAAAUGAAACAUGGACACAGCGUAAAACUUCAAAGUUUAAAAAAAAAAAAUGGAAUGACUGUGUCUCAAAUGUGCUCCUUCAAUAUCCACAUAUACCUGGUAAGGGAACAUACGGGGGUAUUGCUGUACUCAGCCGACAUAGCUGAGCAACAUAUGAAGUAUUAUACAGUCGUAGCACACAUACAGUGAGCAAAAUAUGCUGCGCAAACUCACUUUGUGUGUCAAAAAGGCAGAAAAAACACUCAUUACCACUACACUUGAUACAAGCUGGCGGAAAAAUUAUCCCACGCUAAGGUUCAAAAUAUACCUUUUGAAAUACCCUGGGAUGUCUUCUUUAAGAAAUGGUAUGUCUUUAUGGUGUAGUUGGAAUAUGUAGCCUACAAAAGUGCUCCAAAUUGGGACACGGAUGCAUCAAAACCCUCCAUGAAAAUCCACACUUAACCUGAACUUGUCACGUCUUUUUUACAGCACUGUAACUUCACAAAAUAGUGCCUAGGUCAGGGAUGGGCAAUCUUCAGCGCUCCAAAUGUUGUGGACUACAUCCCCCAUAAUGCUCUUACAUAAUGCUGGCAAAGCAUCAUUGGAGGUGUAGUCCAAAACAUCUGCAGUGCUGAAGGUUGCCUAUGUCUGGUCUAAGUCAUACAUUGGGCAUGUUGUUUUCCUCAAAAAAAGUAACUGAACGUAAUUUGGGGGAUUUAAUGACAGUGGUACAUAUCAGGUGUAAGAAAUACUCAGCAAAAAUGCAACAUAUAUGUAAAAAUUCAAUUUUUUUCCCCCCUCACCACAAACAUUGACUUAAAAUGGUGACAAGUUAAGGCACAAUAUACGCCAUAUAAGAUACCGUGGGGUGUCUGCUUUAUCAAAUGAAAGCCCUUUGUGGGGUUAUUUGAACAGUCACACUGCUAUAAUACCCUAAAAUGAGACAUAGGCUGGUCAAAUCCAUCUACGAAAAUUCUAACUGUAGAAACUGAAAUAGCCUGGUCUCUUACAUGGCAUUGUAGCUUCACAGAAUAGUGCCAAAGGCAUACAAUGGGGGUAUCGUUAUACUCAGCAGAUGUAGCUGAACACAAUAUGGGGUUCUGUGCAGGAAUAGCACACUCCAGCUUUACGAAAUACACAUUACAAAAACCUUGUUAUAUGUGUAUAUGCCAAAAUAGACCUGUCAAACUAACCUUCGGUAAAUAGCCUGUGAUGUCUACUUUAUAUAAAUAUAUACUUUUUUUUGUGGCAAUUUUGUUUUCUGUGAUGGCUACUAAACCUACAAGACAAACAUACCAACUUCUAAAAUUGUUUCACAGAAAAAAUAAUAAUUGUAGUCCUUGUAUUUUGUGACCUGUAACUUUCAAAAUAAGCUGAAAUCCUGUACAUAUAAAUCAAGAGACAUAAAUGAAUUUAUUUUGAAUUACUUUUUCUAAGCUGGACAUACUAUGCACACGCUAUUAUUGCCAAAACUGUGAAAAAAACAGUUUUUUUCCAAUUUAAAAAAAAUAAUAAUUUAAUGAUAAUUUAUCUAUAUGACAUCAAAUUAAAGCCCUUUUCCCCUCUAAAAACGGUAUAUAAUAUGUGUUGGUGAUGCAAAUUGCAUUUGAACACAAACUAUAAAAAAUGCAAAAAUAGCUUGUGUCCUUAAGGGUAAGUCCAGUUUUUCAAGCUUUGUCCUUAAGGGGUUAAAGUGCCAGAGUGCUGUGUUUUUAUGACUGGAGGAUUUCAAACAAGGCAGUGAGAGUGUUUGAAAAUCUUUACAUGAUACUCUGUGUCCCCGAUGCGUCCUCCGCUAGGUCUGCAUUUUGGAUCUGCUCUGGGAUGUGGGGAAUGUUUGAGUGGACUCUGUUUUUACAUGACCGUUCUGUCCUCUGCAAAUGGUGUUCGAAACAGUCUGAAGGUGUUUCAUGCUGACAUUUCCUGUUUUACAGAUACACUGCUCUGCAUAGCGGAGAUGCUACGCAUUACUAAACAGGCCAGUGGGUCAGACGUGCCCAUCAUCGAGAAGAAGCUGGAAAGGUGAGAACGCUCUUUCGGUUCUGCACGAACUGUCUAAUGAAGAGGAUGUGAAGAACAAAGAGUUUAAUUAAGACCUUUGCUUCUGGCUUAUUUAAACCUAGAAUAAUGCACAGUGUUUCUGCGAAGCCUGGAACGCUUUACUUGGUAAUUUUGGACCUUCCUUUGUUUAAGCAGCAUAGGGGGUAUCUUGUUACCCAGCAGUGUUACCUGCUGUCUUCCUAGUCUUAUUAGCAUCACAAGCCCUAAUUGUAUCCAGUGGUAAACAAGCAAUACUUAAGUACUCAGAGGGGGCACUGCCUUGCCCAGCUCUACAUGCAGUGAGCCUUCAUCCAUAUUACAGGAGCCCUCCUGUAAGAGUUUAAUAAAUGCUACAAUACAUUUUUUACAGUAUAUAAUAAAUAGUUACAUUAAACCCGUGAAUGUUUGUAGCUGCAGAAAAUGUAUAUGAUCCUUUUUUUAUAGCCACCUUUCCUGGCCAAACGUGGCAGCAUCACUUAUGGGUUAGCUCCUCACCAGUUGUCAGGACAGGAUUAAUUAAUCAAACCAUUAAGAAUAGUCAAUAUAAGCCCCGUCCCCCUCCCCCAAACUCCCCAGUAUUUUUUUCCUGUCCCAGCUGACAGGCAGGGAUUUUUUGUGGAUCCCACAUAAAAUUAUAUUAUUUUCUGGGCUCAUUAGCAUGUUUAACUUGGUUCUACCAGGGGGAGUUCAGCCUCUCUCCCCCCGAAUAAACCAGUAAACGGGCUGUGUUAGCAGCACUAACUGGUUUGAAUCCCUCAUUACCGAGACUCCACCAUGGGAAUAAUGUCUCAUAAAAUACCAGUGUAAGGAGUGUGGAAAGCUAUCAACUUACCUUUGGUUGGAGCCUUCUUGGUCACAUUUCAGCAAGUUAGGAGCCCCUACAGGCUGGCUGUGAUCUGACUUCAGGUUCCCAGAAUCCAAGAUGGCUGGCGCAACUUCAAAUUACCUUAUUUAAGCUCUUGCCAAUUUCGCGCAUGCGCGGUAUGACGGUCAUGCUAAAACCCUAAUGACCAUGAAGCUGAGCACUGGGAAAUUGGGGUGCACCAAAAUGAAAAUUCUGGGCUGACACCAAAAAUUCAAGAUGCCCAAAGGCUGAAAACCCAAAAUGAUUUUUUUCCCCAAAUUAUUUCAAAAAAUGUUUUUCCUGUAAUUUUAUUAAUAUUAGACUUUCUAAUGAAUUUAAUUAAUCUAAUAUGAAAAACUUCCCUUCUCUUUCAGUGGUCCCCCCUCGCUUAAUGUUCCUCUUUCACCUCUCCCCUCCCUCUUUUUUAGUGUUCUUUCCUCCCCUGUCCCAUAGUGUUCUUUUCUCCCCGCUCCCCUGUCCCAUAGUGUUCUUUUCUCCCCGCUCCCCUGUCCCAUAGUGUUCUUGUCUCCCCUCCCCUUUACCAUAGUGUUCUUCCCCCCCAUCCCCUGUCCCAUAGUGUUUUUUACCCCAAAUUUCGGUGCAGGUCCGUUUUCGGCCGAAAUAUUGGUGCAUCCCUACUGUGAAACAAUUCCUAAAAUUGAUGCUGCAGUGAUUCGGCUGGCGAAGAAAACUUUGCUCCCUUUAGACAGCAUGGCUUAUUUAAAAGAGCCCAUGGAGAAAAGGAUGGAUUCUAAUCUAGUUAAACUCUAUCUUGCUAUUGGAUUGGGAUUAAAUCUAGCUACUGAUGUGAGUGCUGCUGCUGGAACUGUGAAAGUCUGGAUUGACAAUUUAGAAGAAGAUAAAGCCAGAGGAGUGAGAUCAUUUUAUAAAUUCUCUGAAAGAUUUUAGGCUGGUGACAGACUUUGUCAGAAUCAGCCCUGGACAUUACAAAAUCUUUGUCCAAAAGCCUUGCCUUAUCAGUGGCCUUUAGAAGAGUGCUCUGGUUCCAUUAUUGGGGGGUGGACUAUGUCUCCAAAGCCAACAUUUGUGCCUUACUCUUUCACGGGGAUAGACUGUUUGGGAAAAUUUAGACGAUACUAUAGAAAAGGCCACUGACGGUAAAAAGGCUUUUCUCCUUCAGUCCUACCGAAGACCAUUUAACAUGAGCAAAACAAAGAGAAGGCAUUUUGUGACAGCAAGUCAUAUAAGCCUGGAAGGGAGUACUCUAGACCCCGACAAUGAAGGUUUCAACAAUCCACCUCCUCCUCCAUUAGAGCAUCCAGAGGAAGAGGAUUCAGACAAACUGGGUUGGAUCACCCAGACCGAAAUAGUAGGAGGCCGUCUAAAACUGUUCUUUCCUGUCUGGGCAGAGUUCAUCAAGGACAAUUGGAUCCUGAGUAUCAUCAGAGAUGGUUACAGAAUAGAGUCCAAAGAAUUCACAAGAAUUUAUCAAUUCCAUCAAUCAACAAUGUCAUCUGGAAUAAAACUAAAGGCAAUGAAGAGGUGUUUACAACAACUUACAACACAAAGAGUCAUCACAGAAGUUCCUUGUCGAGAGAUACAGAGUAUUCUACUCAAAUAUAUUUAUGGCUCCAAAGCCCCACUUAAAAAGAAUCAACACUUUCCUCAAAAGCAUGUCAUUCACGAUGGAGUCAAUUUCCUCUAUAAAGCAGACAAUUCACCAAGGGGAUUGGUUAACAUCAAUAGAUUUAAAAGAUGCGUAUUACCAAAUACCAAUACAUCAUUCUCACCAAACAAUUCUGAGAUUUUGUAUACUGGAGAAACACUACCAGCUCCAGGGGAUGCCAUUUGGGUUAAGUCUAGCACCCUCUAGUCAUAACAGUUCUAAGGAAGAGAGGGAUACAAAUCUUUUACUAUUUGGAUGACAUCCUAAUAGUUGCCCAAAAAUAUCACGGGCCUCUUCAUCAUACUGAGUAAGUUAUCCGUGCUCUGCAGAGUAAACAAAGACAAGAGCAACAUAGUUUCACCCAGAAACACAGUGUUCCUGGGGGCAAGAAUAAAUACGGAAGAAUCUACAAUUUCCUUGUCUCAAGACCACAUUGCUCGUAUAAUGAUCAAGAUAUCAGAGCUUCUCCAAAGCACAAAAGUUAAAGCCAGAACGUACAUGAGUACAUUAGGGUCCCUCACGUCAACAAUAUGUCUGGUUAUAUGGGCACAUUGGAAGAUGGGACCUGCCCAGAUGAACUUCCUCAGGCAAAUCGAUGACAUUUCCAUGAAUUGGAAUCGGUGGAUAAUAAAGAUCUCAAACAGCAAUUGAGAUGGUGGAUGAAGGAGCCCAAUCUGAACAAAGAAUUUCCUCUGGAAGAUCCUCCCUGGGAAAUGGUAACGACAGAUGGAAGCACAUGGGGAUGGGGAGCCCACUACAGGAACCUAGUCGCCCAAUGGCACAAUCAAAUACGUCUUCUCCAUUCCAACAUUCAAGAAAUGCGUGCAGUAUACAAGGCAAUGAUGUAAUUUGCCACCCACCUGAAGGGGAAAAGAGUGAUAAUAAAAACAGACAACAGAGUGGUGGCUGCAUACCUAAAUCAUAAAGGUGGUAUGAAGUUACUUCUUCAAAUGCAACCUAUCAUGGGCGUGGGCUAUGAUUUACCUGAAACAUCUGAAAGCCGUGUUCCUCCCAGGAAAAGAAAAUACCCUGGCAGACUCCCUAAGCAGGUCAAGCAUGGACCCAGGGGAAUGGUCCCUGAACAAAGAAAUAUUUUGUCAAAUAGUGGAAAUAUGGGGCAUGCUUCAAAUAGAUCUGAUGGCUUCUUUCAGGAAUUCACAAAUACCCAGAUUCUUCUUGAGGUGGAAAAACCCUCAGGCAGAAAAGCACAGGAUGAUCUAUCCCAGAAUUGGAACUUCGAGUUGGUGUAUGUCUUCCCUCCAAUUCCAUUACUUCACACAUUAUUGAGGACAAUUUUGCAGGAGAAUUGCACAGUGAUUUCAAUGAUACCAUCAGGGCCAAGGAGACCUUGGUUUCCUCUCCUGUUAUGUACCAAGGAGCCCCCAUCAUACUUCCACAGAGAUGGAACCUGUUACUUCAGGGCCCGGCAGUUCAUCCAGAGCCCCAAGCCCUUCAGUUAGCGGCAUGGCGCUUGAAAAGAGGAACCUUUUAAAUUCUGGCCUGUCUGAAUCAGUCUCUAAUACCCUAUUAAAAUCAAGAAAGAACUCCACUUCAGCCUCCUGUCACAAAGUGUGGAAAACUUUCAGAACCUGGAAAUUGGAGAAUGGGAUCGCCAAUGAAGAGUCAUCAGUGGCUGAUAUCCUUAAUUUACUCAAGGUAGUUUUGGAAAGGUCUAAGCCUCAGUACGUUGAAAGUACAAGUUUCAUCCAUUUCUGCUUUAACUAAUACCAGGUGGGCUCUAAACUCUCUGAAUUUGAGAUUCUUCAGAGGGAUUCUGAGGAUAAGGCCUCCUACAAAGAAAUUGACCCUUCCUUGGGACCUUCCGGUUGUUUUAGAUGCCUUAACAGACGACCCGUUUGAGUCUUUAGAAGAAUUGUGCAUAUAUUUGCUGACUAUUAAAACUCUCUUCCUUAUUGCCAUAACAUCAGCCGGAAGAGUCUCGGAGCUACAGGCACUAAGCUCAGUGGAACCAUACACCGUGUUUCACCAAGUUCGAGUGGUUCUUUACCCAGACCUGAUUUUCUCAUUAACCCCUUAAGGACACAUGACAUGUGGGACAUGUUAUGAUUCCCUUUUAUUCCAGAUUAAGGGGUUAAAGUGGUUUCUAGGUUCCACGUUCAACAGGAGAUAGUGCCUCCAUCUUUUUUCCCUAAUUCAUCUACCUAGGAAGAAAAUAAUUGGAGUAAAUAUGAUGUUGUAAGGUGCAUCAGAAUCUAUCUACAGAAGACCAUGCAGUUCAGAAAAUCAGAAAGACUAUUCAUCCUUCCAUCAGGCACCAGGAGAGGCGAAGCAGCUUCCACAGCAACGCUUAGAAGAUGGAUCUCGUUGGCAAUUACGCUUAUGCUUCCCAGGGUCUCUAAGCUCCCAGCACAAUCAGACCGAAUUCAACCAGAAGUUUGGCAACUUCAUGGGCAUCUAGGGCAGAGGUGCUGGUAGAGAAUAUUGUAAGGUGGCUACUUGGUCCUCUCAUCAUACGUUUGUAAGAUACUACAAACUGGAUUUGUCCUCCUCUAAAUAAUCUCGUUUUGGGAAAAGUGUCCUCGCUUCAGUGGCACGAAGAACCUAAUAAACCUUUUGUGUGUUGAGCAUCUAUGAGGUCUACUGUUUAAUUUAUUUAUCCCACUCUUCAUGGAAGCUUGGGUAAUACCCGUGUGUGAUGCUGCAAUGUUUGGCCAGGAAAGUAGAAAACGGUUUCCAGACUUACCGUAAUUUUCUUUUCCUGGCUAUUCUACAUGGCAGCACCACACUCCCUCCCUUCUGAAUUCAUUAGCUAUUGUUUUUUAACAAGACAGGGGAGUUUAGGGAGGAGGUGGCUUAUAUUAACUAUUCUUAAUUGUUUGAUGAAUUAUUCCUGUCCUGACAGAUGGGGAGCCAACCCAUGAGUGAUGCUGCCAUGUAGAAUAGCCAGGAAAAGAGAAUUACGGUAAGAAUGUAAACGGUUUUCUACUUUACAAAACAGAGUGGCUGAGAUCUCCCAGCCAUUCUUAGUCCUCCUAUUCAUUUUAACGAUCUUGGACUCUAGUGUCCACUUAUACAAAUACAUAAAUAAUAAUCGUAAUAAAAUGAAAUAAUUCAUGUUGGUUCAUGGACAAUGCAUAAAACCCAGCCAGUAAGUGUAUUGUACCUGCUUUAAACCUGUGAGAGAGUUGUGUCUCACUGCUUCUACUGGGGUUUGGAGAUGUCUUGUUCCAUCUGUGGUGAAACCAUUUUAGGUAGUGCUUAUAUUGCUACAUAGUAACACCUUUAGUGGCAGUCACUCAGACAGCCUUGGUCAGUUUCAGCGUCUUUACGCUCUGCAUGGACACGCUGAACUUUCCUCUUAGAAAUGCACCUAAAUGGUGUUUCACACAUUUGUAUUAUUGACACUGUUGUGUGCCUUUAACCCCUUAAGGACACAUGACAUGUGUGACAUGUCAUGAAUCCCUUUUAUUCCAGAAGUUUGGUCCUUAAGGGGUUAAAUUUAGAAAAUAGUCAAUAUUACCAGGAUAGCUUUACUUUCCAAUCGGCUACUCUGGCCUUAAUUUAACUUUUGUAUUCUCAUUUAGUAAGUUACCCUGUAAAGGCAUGCUGGGCCUUUGGAGACUGGACCUGUCUAUAGGGGUCUGGUUUCAGAUGUAUAGAACGCGACUAUACAGGACUCCUGGAAUGUCUUCCAUCCACACGGCCAUCUUUUUAAACUCUUGGCUGAGAAGGCUGCAGGGGGCCUGGAAUUACUCUAAUAUCAGUCCAGUUUAUGGAAGAUUUCUGUGAUGAUCGACACACUAGAUGACUGUGGGACCUGUCUCCGCAUGUGUGAGAGUGUCAGAGUCCCCCUUCACUCUUAAAGGACCACUCUAGGCACCCAGACCCCAGACCACUUCAGCUUAAUGAAGUGGUCUGGGUGCCUGAUCCAGCUAGGGUUAACCCAUUUUUUAAUAAACAUAGCAGUUUCAGAGAAACUGCUAUGUUUAUGAAUGGGUUAAGCCUUCCCCCUAUUCCCUCUAGUGGCUGUCUCAUUGUCAGCCACUAGAGGCAUUUGCGUGCUUCUCACUGUGAUUUUCACAGUGAUAGCACGCCAGCAUCCAUAGGAAAGCAUUGUAAAUGCUUUCCUAUGAGACCGGCUGAAUGCGCGCGCAGCUCUUGCUGCGCGUGCGCAUUCAGCCGGCGGGGCGUAACGGAGGAGGAGAGAAGGAGGAGAGCUCUCCGCCCAGCGCUGGAAAAAGGUAAGUUUAAACCCCUUUCCCCCUUCCAGAGCCGGGUGGGAGGGGGACCCUGAGGGUGGGGGCACCCUCAGGGCACUAUAGUGCCAGGAAAACGAGUAUGUCUUCCUGGCACUAUAGUGGUCCUUUAAUGAUUGACGAUUCUGCAGAUUUGUUAUCAUGCACUUAAUUCGUAACAUUUGUGAUAAUCUGAAACAGAACAGGUUGUAAUGGUUGUAAUUAAUGAUUCGAGUUUUCCCAUUUUCUUUAUAAAAUAGAAGGUUCAGCGGACAGAUUGAUCAGGGUUAUUCAAUGGUUUUCACUGCAGAAUACAGAUCUAUGCUAGGGGGGCCAGAAAUAUAUAGUCUGAGACCAAUAACCAUUAGAGUUCAAAUUCUUUAACUUUGUCUCUACAAUUCAGACUGUUUAUAAUAUAUUAUAUUAUAAAGGGAUAUUCGCAUAAUUCCCCAUUUGUUUAAAGGGACACUGUAGCCCACUUCAGCUAAUUGAAGUAGUCUGGGUGCUGUGACCCUUUUGCACGUAGUGCUGCAAUGUAAAACAUUGCAGUUCCAGAGAAACUAGAAUGUUUAUCUUACAGCUCCAAGUCUGCCCUCUGGCUGUCUAACAGUCACCUUUGGGUGCUUCCGGAUUUGUAACGGACCUUUAGUCGGUUAUCUGACGCUGGACUUCCUCACGGACCUCCAGCGUCAGAUUUACCCCAUAGGAAAGCAUGGAAUAAUGCGCGCGCGGCCACAGGUCUCCUCCGCUGACAUCAGCGCCAAGGGACAUCAGAGCUGGAUUCAGGUAAGUGGCUGAAGGGGUUUUAAGACGACACUCCAGGAUUCUCUAGUGCCAGGGAAACUGGUUUGUGUUCCUGGCGCUGGAGAAUCCCUUUAAUGCUUGAGUGCCCUGUGCCUUAUUUCUUAAUUUGCUUUAAUGGAUGACCAGAUGUUUUUCAAUAUAUUGUAGUGUGGUCACAGAUAUAAGUUAGGGCUUAUGUUUCUGAGCUCUGAAUACUAAUGGGCUUCUCUUGACAAUAUUACAGGAAAAGUAGCAAACCUCAUGAGGACAUUAUGGGCAUUCGUUCCAAAAGCCAUAGAUUGGGAAUCAACAGUGUGGGCCCAGGUCUAGCUCAGGGUAAAAACUACCUGAUGAGUAAAUUCUCCUCUCUUAACCAGAAAGUCAAACAGACCAAUAUUGGAACCUUACGGAAGCUUGGUACAUUCAACAGGACAGAUGUGAAGGGCUUCCUAAAACCAAACCUGCAAGUAAAUGUUUGGAAAUCUGACAGUAGCCUGGAAAAUACUGGGUCGGAGGUGAAGGGUCACAUCGAAUCCGACUUAGAUAAUUCGUCAGACAAUGACUCUUUCCAUUCCGAUGACUUUCUUCCCAAAUCUGAUGAUGAAGGACAUUUAACAGGUUCUCUAGAGAACAUUGGCCAGAGUGAUUAUGUCCUACCAAGCUGUGGGAUCAUUGCCUCUGUGCCUCGUUUAGGAAGCCGCUCACAGUCUGUCAGCAGCGCUGAGCUCAAUCUCCACAUCUCUACAGAGAUUCAUGUUACCCAGUGCAAUGAACCUGAGAGCAGAGAGGCCUCACCAGAAGACCAAGUCCUAAUAGACUUUGGAACCCCGAUCGAUGCCUACUGCCACCAGUUUGUCCAUGAUGCACAGACCAAACAGAAUGUCAAUGAGACUGUUAAUAAGGAGGAGAAAAUGGACCAAGGACAAUCAAGCAAUCACUCUAAAAUUCCAUCCAGUACAGCAGAAACAGAAAUAGAACAAUUUUUCCGGCCAUCACAGCUUGAUGUAGAUGUCAGCAACACUGGUUCCCUAUUACCUGUGGAUAUAUCUCUGUCAGCUCGAGUGACACCUGGUUCGGGCUCCGCUUCUGCAGCUUCUCCAGCAGACAGCAGCAGCAGUCGAGCCGUGUCUCCUUUUGCCAAGAUACGAAGUUCUGUGGCCCAGGUGGCCAACAUCACCCAGGCUGGUCUGACUCAAGGCAUCAAUUUUGCUGUCUCAAAAGUACAAAAGAGUCCAGAACCUGAAUCUGUCCCUGCACCCCAGAAGAAUGACAUUAAGGAGAUGUUUACACAGUGUCAGACACGGAUAAUACAGAUAUGACUGUACUUACAUGUUUGAGAAUGUGUUAAUUAACGCAAAAUAUAUCAAAUUCCAGUCCUUUUGGGGCCCUACCAUGCUAGAGGUGUUUGCAAUCACUUCCUAUUCAAGACCAAUGACCACAGUGGGGAAGCCAGCCUGAGCAUCACUGAGGCAGUCCUACUCUUGAUGAUCAGGUUGCCUUUACACAGAAAAUAUAACCAGAACGUAGCCUGCUAUUCAUUCAAAGGGACAUCCAGGCCCUUACAUCUGAUGCUCAUGCAGAAAGUACCAUUGGACUGAAUGAACCUUAACUGCCGUCCAUGCACUGGGAUCAAGCGAACACAUCAUGUUUACAAUUGUUUUUGUCCACUUGUUUGUGAUUUCUAAAUGUGGUACGUGGCAUCUGUUGGUGGUCAGUCAUGCACAGUAAGUGAGGCAGCAACGCCUUCAUUUUUUAGGAAAUGGGAACGUUUUUUUGUUUUAUGGUUUUGUUCCUGUUCUUGUUUUUACCAGGGCCAGCAGUUAGAUUUUAGUACUAUUUAUUUUUUAGAUCUUUUUAUAUAUCUAUAAAUAUUGUCACACAUGGAAUAUAAAAUCUGAAUAUUCCUUUAAAAUAAGCGCCUGAACGUAACCAUUUGGCAUUGGUAAGUCAUGAUAAAUUACUGCUAGUUACAUACUUUUUGCACGUUUCUUUGCACCUAGCCUUAAAUUAUUUUUAUUUUUUUUAGAAUGCAUUUUGCUGGCCAGUGUCUUAGAAAUCUCAGGCACACAAAGCAUUAACCAUGCCUCCAUUGUUUGCACAUUACAGCUCCUUAUUUCAAAACUGUUUUAAACACUGGCAAGUCUUGUGUGUUGUUGGGGUUCAGUGGCGCUUGGGUAAUGGACUCUGACAGAGCUGUUUUGGGGGUGUAGUCUGAGGGGUUAAGCUGGGACCCUGCCUUUAACGUCUCUGUACUUGAGGACAAGUUUGUAUUCACAGCACACUGCGAUCCAUAUGAUUAAUAACGUAGAGCGCUUUCAAUGACUAAAUGGAAGUUCUAUUAUAAUAGAACCGUUUUAAAGGAAAUAAUAUAUAUGUAUGUAUAGAUAUAACCUGUAGACUAUUUCCAGGCGAUUGGAUGCCGUGGUAAUGUGGUUUGUGUAUACACUGUAUAUUGGCAGUAUUUAAACCGAUUUACAUCUCUGCCCCUUGUGGUACUUAGUGCUCUGUGCUCCAUGCUGUAUAUUUAUUUUAUUUUUAAUUAUUUCUUACAUCACAGAUGUGUCUUUUCCCUUAUUUGUAGUACCUGACCAGAAAAUAUGGCUGUAUGUUAAACAAGUUAAAUUAUUUUAAUUAAAAAAAACACACACACAAAAAAAAUCCCUUCUUUGUAGCAUGUUUCAAUGGGUUAAUUGCAGUAACGGUUUGUUCUGUUUAAAUCCACAGGGAAAAAACAAGUUCUUUAAGCAACAAGGUUAUCUUGCCAACACUUUCUAAACUGCGAUUGGGAGGAAAAAAACACAAAACAAACUCAUUUCAGCUGCAUUUAUAAUGUACAUUUACACAUCAUGGCAGUGGUUGGAUGAGUGUUGCCAGGGAC